AAUAUCUGUGGGCAGUGGCUAGCCAAAAGUAACUAGAAAGCCCCUGGAUACAAAAAGGUGGGUGUGAGUUCUGCUUUUGUCUACCUUAAGAACUGAACUGUCAAAUACCACUUUACUGCUGUCCAGUUGUAUUUAUUACUGGAACUCAUUUUUAAUGUAUUUAUUACUCCUCCUGUAUAUGGUCUUGUGAUUGAUUCAGUAUGCUGGAUGCAACUGCUAUGUGAAACCAUGACUGCACAUUCCAACACUUGGAUGCCUGGAGAGCUCAGUUGGUGCUGAUAAUGUCCUUUGGGGGGGUAUUUUCUAAUAUGUAUAGCCCACCCUGAGCAUUUUUAUUUUUUUUACAAUGGAAAGGUGAGACAAAGGUGACAAAUACUGUACUCUUAAAUAAAAUAUAUCAGGAAUGGGGAACCUGUGGUCCUCCAAGCAGCCUCAGAAACAAUGACCAAUAGUCAGGGGUGGUGGAAAUAUUUGGAGAGCCUUUUAACAUUAAGCAUGCUUUGAAGAAGGGCAGGAAGUAUGCACAAUGAUAGGCAUCCUCUUUUUCAAGAAAAAGCAACCAUGGCUGUGGUCCCAAUUCAGAUUUUAAAGAUUAGGAGUGGGUGCAUCAGGAAGAGGAUUUCUUUGCUUUCUACAACAGCAUCCAGCAGAAUAUCUACCUCCAGCUGCUUUUUGCCCUCGUAGGUGCUGUUAGCAGUAAACAGCAUCUUUGGAAGGAAAUAGCAGCUGGGGAGGGGCAAUUUCUGCCUGGAAACUGGUGUAAGGAAAGGGUUAACUAUCCACCCCCGUAUUUACUGAGAUCCUGGUUUGUGACAUUUGGUUUAGUCCUUGGUUUCCUGAAAGAAGAUGUGGUUAUGUGCAGUAUAUAAACAAACUGAUAUUUAGAGGAAACUAUUCCGUUUGUUUUAAAACACUUGGAUUAAUUUAUGAAUUAUGACUUUGGGGCUUAGGGAAUGCUUUUGAAGUCCAACAAUAAUCAGUGGGGGGGGAAGGUUCUGCAAGCUUCCUCUGGGUCAUUGGGACUUUCCAUAAUUGAAGACGAAGGUUGGAUUUUGCUUCAUACAGAGGGGCUGAAUGUUUUGGGGAGCCAGGAUACUAUCCAUGAGUAGUAUUUGAUCCUGAGCUGCAAGGUGGCUUCUCAUACCCCGGAGCUUAAUUGCAGUACAAUCCCAACCACAUCUGCUCAGAGGUUCUAUUAAAUUCAAUGGGCCUUACUCCCAGGUAAGUGUAUUUAGAAUGGAUUGCCACCUUGAUCAAAUAUUCUGGAGCAAUAUGCUCCAUAUGUAAGAAGCCUUGGUUUAAUGCAGGGAUGUAGUGUGGAAAUGUUAAGGAUAGUAGGAAAGGAUAUAUUGAAUAAGUACAGUGGUACCUCAGGUUAAGAGCUUAAUUUGUUCCAGAGGUCCGUUCUUAACCUGAAACUGUUCUUAACCUGAAGCACCACUUUAGCUAAUGGGGCCUCCUGCUGCCGCUGUGCCGCCAGAGCAUGAUUUAUGUUCUCAUCCUGAAGCAAAGUUCUUAACCCAAGGUACUAUUUCUGGGUUAGCGGAGUCUGUAACCUGAAGCGUAUGUAACCUGAAGCGUCUGUAACCUGAGGUACCACUGUAUUACCCUUCUUCCACUCACACUAGUAAGUGAUGUAGCAGAGCAGAUCCCCUCAAUAUAGCUGGAAUCUAGUUUGCAGAUUCGUUUGAAUCUCUUAGUUAAGAUUAUUUCCUGGAGUCCCCUUUUAUCCCUCCUAAGAGAAUAAAGACACAAGAGUCUUUCUGAGUAAAGUAACAACAAGUUUACUCACAUUUCAGAUCACAAUAUGAUCCCAGAAAGGCAGACUUUACUUGGUAGUUACACAAAGAAACAGUGUGAGUUCAUCUCAUAGGGAGACUGAACUCAUGUGCUGCUGGCUGAGAGCCAGCAGACAGCAAAAUUACAUUAAUAUAACAAAAUGGCUGCAGGGGAGCAGCAUGGCAGCAAAAGAACAGCAAGUGAGUGAAAGACAAAACAGACUGAGAAAAUGGCUGCAUGACUCAGCUCUUUUAUGGAGUCAGCCAAAGCCACGCCCAUCUCCCAGGUCACAUGCAAGGGAAGGAUGCUCCAGUCAGCAGAACAGGAAGUUACACUGACUGAGUGUCCCCCUUGCCUAUGCCCACUCUAGGAAAAUAAGGAAUGUUGCAUUUGACUGCACCAAUGGAUUACAUCCCACAUGUGGAACCUGAGAGGUUAGUGGACUCCUGCUCCUAUCAACCACAGCAACAUGGCCAAUGGCCAAGGAUGAGGGGAGUUGUUCAGCAACCUCUGGUGAGCCCACAGUUCCCUAUACCUGCUGUUGGGAUUCUGAUAUGCAGAAGGACUUGGUGAUCUUUUGGUCCUUUGAGAUCAGUGAUAAAAUUAUCUUGACCCAGAAAGGUCUGAAAGCCUUGAGUCAAUCUGGACCUGACCUGUACCUGGAGUGGAGACCACCUAGAAACCUCAUGCUCCAAGUUUCUAAGAGCAAGGAUGGGAUUUUUUAAAUACUAAAUUACAUAGUCUAGGCAUUUCUGGACGUAUCUUCAGUGUUUUCUCUGAAGAGAUGUGAAAGGGCUUUCUGUUUAUACAAAUUUCCAUCACAUCUCAUUUAACACCCAGUGUGAGCAGUUGGUUGAUGCUCUCAAUUUCCUUUAUAGCAGCUUUAUACUACUUUGAAAUUUAAACAGUCAGGAGACUUCGGCAGCAGUUUCUGGAAGACAUCAGCCUGAUGAGUCAAUGUUUGGCAUUCUCCAAGCCUCGCCAGCAUUUGUAGACCCUCAGAGAAAAGGGACGCGGAGGGCAGAACAGAGACAGAAGUCUUAAGGAAAAGAGACAGAUUGCUGACCUUUACAAGGGCAAAUAAUGAGUAAAAUAUUGUGUGUUUUCUCCCAAAGCAAGUCAAAGUUGAGGGAUUUUGCUCUUAGGAAAGAGGGUCACUGUGUCUUUGUAGUAAAGGGGUUCAGAAAGACAAGAAAUUUAGGAGUAGAAGAAGGCAAAGCAAGAUAGCUGUUGAGGGGUGAGUGAAUAAGGUCAAUCUGGACUUAGUCUACAAUCAUGUGAAGCCAACUUGCAACUGCUUUCUCCUGUUUUCUGGCAGCACUUCAGUGAUCAAGUUUUUGUUCCUACUAAACCAGGUUUGGCAGGCUCCAUUCCUGGAUGUGCUUGAACGAGAUGAUUUCAAGCAAAGCAGUGGUUAGGAAAAAGAACCCUCUCAGCCUUCACAUUCCUCUCCCUCCUCAGAUCUCUCCCUCUCUCUCACUUCCCACCCAUAUGUCUGUUGUAAUCUUGCAGCCUUGCUGGGGGCCAAGAUGGAGAUGGGGAAACAACAGGCAUCUGGUCGUGACAAGUGGCCCCUUAGGUUAAACAUCUUAGCUUAUAGCAGUUCAGCCAAAGAACAAGCUGCUUUUUCAGAGAGCUUGGUUGCCAGCAAAUGGAGAGAGGACAGGCCUCUGGGGUUUUCUUUCUUGCUGACGGCCAAGAAAGGAAGGGCGCAUGGCCACGUCUGCCUACCCCAGGUUUUGGGACUGCAGGGCAGUCUAGAGCAAUUGCAUUUUUACACACACUCACAGACAAAAAAGCUGAGACACCCCAUACGUUAAAAACAUGUUUAAAGCACAUGACUUUCCACCAAGCAUCCGGAGUGCUGGGAAAUGCAUCUCUGUGAGUGGUAAACUACAGUUCCCAUGAUUCUUUGGGGGAAGGCAGGUGCUUCAAACAUGCUAUAGUAUAAGCACCCUGAGAGAAAGUGGAGAGAGAACAGCAAGACUAUUCCAUUGUCAUCCUUGUAAAUUAUGUGCAGAGUUUGGUCCCAUAUUUAUUCAUUUUAUUAUUAUUAUUAUUAUUAUUAUUAUUAUUAUUAUUAUUUAUACCCCGCCCUUCUGACUGGGGCUGGGCCUCCCCAGCCACUCUGGGCAGCUCGCAACAGAACAAUAAAAACACGAUAAAACAUCAAACAUUAAAAACUUCCCUAAGCAGGGCUGACUUCAGAUGUGUUCCAAAAGUCAGAUAGUUAUUUAUCUUCUUCACAUCUGAAGGGAGGGAGUUCCACAGGGCAGGUGCCACCACUGAGAAGGCCCUCUGCUUGGUUCCCUGUAACCUCACAGUGAGGGAACCAUCGGAAGGCCCUCGGCACUGGACUUCAGUGUCUGGGCUGAAUGACGGGGGUGGAAACACUCCUAUUACAUUUAUAUCCUGCCUCUCCUCCAAGGAGUUCAAAUUAUCUAGCUUCACCCAGUGUUAUCCUGUGCCAGAUUAAAAGGAGAUAGAGCGGAAAUUCAGUGGUGUGCUAAGGCGAUUUAUUCUUGCAGAGCCAGCAUUUUGGCUUGCCAGAUGGAAUGAUUCCUCCCUCUCCUCCCCCUGUGAGCCAUUCCAGGGCUUCUCCCAACCUCCCCAGAGCCAGUUUUGAGGGGCCUGGGGAUGUGGUGGAAGAAGAGACCCAUUGUGCAAGUGCAAGUCCUUGCUCAGGAAUUCCACUGAUGGGACUCAUGAGUAAAAUCCCACCCAAUGACUGGACCAAGGGCACUUGGUCACCUUUAUGUCAGAGAGUACUCACCCUAAGAUACCUCAAAGCACAUGCCUAGCAACAACUUGGAGACAUGUAAGGUAAAAAAGGUAAAGGAUCCCUGGAUGGUUAAGUCCAGUCAAAGGCGACUCUGGGGUUGCGGUGCUCAUCUCGCUCUCAGGCCGAGGGAGUCAGUGUUUGUCCACAGACAGCUUUCCAGGUCAUGCAGCCAACAUGACUAAACUGCUUCUGGUGCAACAGGACACUGUGACAGAAACCAGAGCUCACUGAAACACUGUUCACCUUCCCACCACUGUGGUACCUAUUUAUCUAUUUGCACGGGCAUGUUUUCGAACUGCUAGGUUGGCAGAAGCUGGGACAGAGCAAAGGGAAUUCACACUGUCGCAGGGAUUCAAACCUCCGACCUUCUGAUCGGCAAGCCCAAGAGGCUCAGUGGUUUAGACCACAGCACCACCCGCGUCCCAAAUAAACAAGCACACAAUCCCUGAUAGGUGCACCUGCCACUGUGAGGCUCAAAGCAAUGAAGAUGAUGCCUCCCCAGCUGUUGCCAUUGGCUGUGGGUUUCUUGUGAUGUCACAAAAGCACUUGGCAACUGAGUGGAUAUACAGGCAGGCCAAGGGGAAAGCCCUUUUCUAUUUCCAGCAGGACACACCUGGCAAUGGAUGUGACACUCAGCACUGCCCAGGUUUCUUCCACUUGGAGGAGGCAAAGUGGUGAAUGGAAGGAGUCAAUCCUCUGGCAGUGGGAUGCUAGGGAGCGAUAAUAAGGCAAGUUUGCUUGCUUGAAGGCUGCUGGUAUCUGUGGUUGGAAGCUGGCGGACGUCUCAUGAUGGAGCUAACAGUAGCUUCUGGCACAAUGGGACACCGUGACAGAAACCAGAGUGCACGGAAAAGCCCUUUGCCUCCCCUCCACAGUGGUACCUAUUUAUCUACUUGCAGUGGCGUGCUUUAGAACUGCUAAGUUGGCAGGAGCUGGGACAGAGUGACAGGAGCUCAACCCCGUUGUGUGGAUUCAAACCGCCAACCUAGAGGCAACUUUCUUAUUUUGUCUUAUAUGGCACCUCUGCCUGAACACACUGCCUCUCCCCAAUUACUUCCUCUAUUUGAGAAUGACAUUUGGAGGGUGGAGGAAACAGUUUGCUUGGUGUGAAAAGCAGGAGAGUGCUGUGUUUGUGACCUGCUUGCGGGUUUUCCAUGGGCAUCUACUUGGCCACUGUGGGAACAGAAUUCUGGGCUAGAUGGUCCUUUGGUAUGGUUCUACAGAGUUCUCCUUAUGUUAUCUGUCUAGAAUAUAAGGCAAUAUCUCAUAUCUUCGCCCAUGCUCUUCAAAAGACUAGAAGUAAAUUGCAGCCCUCCCAACCUACUAGGUUCUUCUGUCCCAGUCUCCAGUAUUAUCUUGCAUUGCCAAGCAGGUUGUAUGGCAGGUUUUGGAAUCCCCCCUUGGCUAAUUCCCUAUGCUCCUCGCACAUGGAAAAAUAAUAAUCUUAAGUUUAACCUUUAAUGAGAAGGAUCUGGUGACAUUAUAAACCCAGAACAGAAAAAAACCAAGAAUGGAUUUCUUCAUGUCACCACAACCUCAAAGAUAAAAUCAAAGCUUGCUUGGAUGAAAUAAAAAACGAGCAAACUGCUACGGCAGAAUAUGUGCUGCUCCUAGAACAGAUUGUCACAGAGGACCAUGGGAACAUCAAAAUAUCCUGUAUCCACUGAUGUCAUAUUAAAAAAAGCUAGUAUUCAGAAGAUGCCUAUGCAAUGAAUGGAGACGGACAUCAAACCGCAAGUCUUUUGGCCCCCUUGAGCUGCCCUCUCAUGCAGGGGCACACAAACGCAGCCACGUCCAAUGGAUAGCUCAGUUGGUUAGAGUGUGGUGCAGAUAAUCCCCAGGUUGCAGGUUUGAUCCCUGUAUGGGACAGCUGCAUAUUCCUGCAGGUGGCUGGACCAAAUGAUCUUCAGGGUCCCUUCCAACUCUACAAUUCUAUGAUGAUUCUACGUACCUGACAUCUUCCAGAUGUUGGACUACAGUUUCCAUCAUUCUUUAUCAUUGGCCAUGCUGGCUGGGGCAGAUGGGAGUUGGUGUCCAACAACAUCUGGUGAUCACUGGUUGGGGAAAGCCAGCACAUGGCAAGGGCAUCAUACCUGAUGUUACAGGAUAUAUUAAAAGUCAAGUACCUAAUAUGAUGUACAGGCUUGAAAUUACCUCCAUGUGAGGUUUUUGGUAAUCAGAUACAUGCCAAUGCCUCUAAUGAAGGCCACUGGUACAGGCCCCACAAGUUCCUGUGGAGCAUGACAACACCUUUCAUUUUUAUGUAUAUAGGAAGGUAUUAAAACUGAAUCUGUGCCUGAAAUUCCCUACCCUAUUCACUCUCUCUCUCUCUCUCUCUCUCUCUCUCUGUGUGUGUGUGUGUAAAAGAGAGAGAGAGACUGAGGAAGUGUUGUGUUGUUGUUGUUUAGUCGUUUAGUCAUGUCCGACUCUUCGUGACUCCAUGGACCAGAGCACGCCAGGCACUCCUGUCUUCCACUGCCUCCCGCAGUUUGGUCAAACUCAUGCUGGUAGCUUCGAGAACACUGUCCAGCCAUCUCGUCCUCUGUUGUCCCCUUCUCCUUGUGCCCUCCAUCUUUCCCAACAUCAGGGUCUUUUCCAGGGAGUCUACUCUUAUCAUGAGGUGACCAAAGUAUUGGAGCCUCAGCUUCAGGAUCUGUCCUUCCAGUGAGCACUCAGGGCUGAUUUCCUUAAGAAUGGAUAGGUUUGAUCUUCUUGCAGUCCAUGGGACUCUCAAGAGUCUCCUCCAGCACCAUAAUUCAAAAGCAUCAAUUCUUCGGCGAUAAGCCUUCUUUAUGGUCCAGCUCUCACUUCCAUACAUCACUACUGGGAAAACCAUAGCUUUAACUAUACGGACCUUUGUUGGCAAGGUGAUGUCUCUGCUUUUUAAGAUGCUGUCUAAGUUUGUCAGUCUAAGUUUGUCAUCGCUUUUCUCCCAAGAAGCAGGGGUCUUAAUUUCGUGACUGCUGUCACCAUCUGCAGUGAUCAUGGAGCCGAAGAAAGUAAAAUCUCUCACUGCCUCCAUUUCUUCCCCUUCUAUUUGCCAGGAGGUGAUGGGACCAGUAGCCAUGAUCUUCGGGGGUUUUUGAUGUUGAGCUUCAGACCAUAUUUUGCACUCUCCUCUUUCACCCUCAUUAAAAGGUUAUUUAAUUCCUCCUCACUUUUUGCCAUCAAGGUUGUGUCACCUGCAUAUCUGAGAUUGUUCCUAUUUCUUCCGGCAAUCUUAAUUCCAGUUUGGGAUUCAUCCAGCCCAGCCUUUCACGUGAUGAAUUCUGCAUAUAAAUUAAAUAUGUAGGGAGACAAUAUACAUCCUUGUCAUACUCCUUUCCCAAUUUUGAACCAAUCAGUUGUUCCAUAUCCAGUUCUAACUGUAGCUUCUUUGUCCCACAUAGAGAUUUCUCAGGAGACAGAUGAGGUGAUCAGGCACUCCCAUUUCUUUAAGAACUUGCCAUAGUUUGCUGUGGUUGACAUAGUCAAAGGCUUUUGAUAAGUCAAUGAAGCAGAAGUAGAUGUCUUUCUGGAACUCUCUAGCUUUCUCCAUAAUCCAGCGCAUGUUUGCAAUUUGGUCUCUGGUUCCUCUGCCCUGUGGGGAUAUUUCAUUCAUUCAUUUUUUGUCCAAUAGUGGCUCAUUAAUGUAUCUUAGAAUUAAAAUAUAUGUAUAUGUGAUAUGAUUAUGGAGACUUUAAUUUUUACAUAAUUUCACACUCUCAUAGGUUAUUUGUGUUCGGAUACCCGUUGCUGGAUAUUGCAAGUGAGGAGUUGGCUGGCCACUGUGAGAACACUGCGAGUUGAUGGGCCUAGAGUACUGAUCUUAAGUCCUGAUGUUUAUUUUUGGUGGCCCAAGUAAUGCAAGUUGCUUAUUUAUCUACUUGCAGAAACAAAAUUUUACUCCUUCCUCAGUCUAAAUUGUGAAUAACUUGCUAUGCAAUAAACCUAAGUAAAGCAGUAUCAGAGUUGCAGGCAAGUAAAUAGGCUCAACAGAAAUAUGGCACACUUUGCUUUGCAAACUGUAUUUAGUCAGUAUGGGCAAUGUUUAAAUAGUAUUUUGCCUGACACAGAAUGACUUGGAACUCAUUCAAGUUGGCCUGUUAGUCAUGCAGGUUAAGAGGACCUAUGCAGAGUUCACAUAUAAAAAUAAAUACAUAUACUCAAGUAUUCAUAUGAUUACUUCAGUAUGUACCCAGCUCACAAAUCCUCAACCUCUGUUUUCUGCUCCAGCACUCAACCAUCUUGGCAGCUUUGCGGUGUCAUAUUAAAUGUGGCCCGAGGUGCAAGUAGCAUGCCUGGUGAAACAUAAACUCAGAGCCAAUACAUUUAACACACAUCCUCAUUCUUUCACUGCUAAUUUGCUUGCGCAAAUUGGCGUUUAGCAGGACAAAAAUGGAGCAGCUUUCUACUCACGGCUUUGUGGCAUUGCUUUGUUAACCUUUAGCAAUAAGCCCCUGUCUUAAAGAUAAGCCACAGUGAAAUUUGAUCUUCAUUGAAUAAAUAAAUAAAUCGUUACCCUUCUGCUACGGAAUUCCUUGCAAAAACUAGUUUUCCUAUCAUGUCCUUUGGUUUUCUGAAUGUAUGUCAAAUGUAGCGUGGAAAUGGUUUUCUCUGGCAUUCUCAUUGUUCUGCUGAAAAACAGAUGAAGUGUUUCAGAAUGCCUUUUGCUGUGGGGCCCCAGCUAUAUAGUCUGACAUGGUUUAGCGCUGAGCUUUAUUCAAUUUCAUGUUAUGCAGAAACUCAGAUGCUAAGCAGAUGUGCUCAUAAAAGAGAGAAGGGGGGAGUUCAACGAUUUCCUAUGAGAGCGGCUCAGCUCGCACAGUAAAUUUGGACAUUUCCAAGAGUUAAUUGAAAGAAUCUUGCCAUGCUAGGCUUUACUUCUUUGUUUAGAAUAUGUUAGCAAUGAAUUUAUGUGUGUCGUCAGCAAAGGGUCUGGUAGAGAAAAAUAUGAAUGUGUCAUCUGAGCAUUUUGCUAGGGGAGACGCAAACACUGAUCACCUAUGACAGCAAAUCCGGGGCAGAUUGUUUUGAAUUAUAACUGGAUGUAAAAUGUGCAAUUUCUACACUUAAGAGAAUCCGUGAGAACAAAGUCUGCUGGGCUGCUCUGUCCUUUAAUGCCUCUGCAGUUCCCACCAGCUGCUUUAGGGGAGUGCUGAGAAAUAUGACCGCAUCAUCCUGCCUCCAUCCCUCCUGCCUCCAUCCUUUCCACCAGCCAGGAAGAAGAACACAAAUACCUAAUAUGAUGUUCUCUUCUCUUUAAACAUAGGAAUGCAGGGAGCUGCCUGAUACUUGGGAAAGCCUGAAACAUUGGAGAGUAGCUGCCAGUCAAUCCAUACUGAUCUAAAUGGACCAAUCAUCUUACUUGAUAUAAAGCUGAUUCCUGCAUGGAACCUGUUUUCACAUGUGCCUCAAUCUUGCUGUAUUAUUAUUUUAUUGUUAGUUAUUGAAUUUACAUACCGCCCUAUACCCAGAGGUCUCAGGGUGGUUCACAGAAAAGAUCACAAUACAUAAAAUCAAAAUAAAAACAAUAACCCAAUAACACCCCCCACCAAAAAAGAACCACAUUUUAAAAGGGUAUAGGAUGUCAAUCAGGUCAACCAAAGGCCUGGUUAAAAAGGAAUGUUUUUGCCUGGCACCUAAGGCACCAGGCGGGCUUCCCUGGGGAGAACAUUCCACAGAAGGGGAGCCACUGCAGAGUAGGCCCCGUUAUUGUGUCGCCACCCUCCGGACCUUUUGAGGAGCCGGCACAUGAAAAAGAGCCUCAGAUGAUGAUCUCAGGGUCUGGGUAGGUUCAUAUGGUAAGAGGCGGUCCUUGAAGUAUUGCGGUCCUGUAUCAGGAUGAGUUGGUGUAAUUUGUCUGGCCCGUAGGGGAAUUUAUGAUAAAAUAUAUUAAUGGCCAAACUAGACAAUAAACCAGCUUUUCUCAACCGUGGGUCCCCAGAUGAUGUUGGUCUACAACCGCCCCCCCAUCAUCCCAAGUGAGUAUUAUUAAUAUUUUGUUGGAAGCCGCUUAGAGUGGCUGGGCAGGGUAUAAAUAAAUUAUUAUUAUUAUUAUUAUUAUUAUUAUUAUUAUUAUUAUUACAGUGGUACCUCAGGUUAAGAACUUAAUUCGUUCCAGAGGUCCGUUCUUAACCUGAAACUGUUCUUAACAUGAAGCACCACUUUAGCUAAUGGGGCUUCCCGCUGCCACCGUGCCGCCGGAGCACGAUUUCUGUUCUCAUCCUGAAGCAAAGUUCUUAACCCAAGGUACUAUUUCUGGGUUAGCAGAGUCUGUAACCUGAAGCAUAUGUAACCUGAAGUGUAUGUAACCUGAGGUACCACUAUAUUAUUAUUAUUAUUACAGUGAGGAAUGAUAGGAGUGGUAGUCCAACAACAUUUGGGAACCCAAGGUUGAGAACAUCUGUAAUACACCAGUCGCACAAUUAAUGCAUUUUCCAGAAGAAGAAGAAAAGAAGAAGAGGAGGAGGAGGAGUUUGGACUUGAUAUCCCACUUUAUCACUACCCGAAAGAGUCUCAAAGCGGGUAACAAUCUCCUUUCCCUUCCUCCCCCACAACAAACACUCUGUGAGGUGAGUGAGGCUGAGAGACUUCAAAGAAGUAUGACUAGCCCAAGGUCACCCAGCAGCUGCGUGUGGAGGAGCGGAGACGCGAACCCGGUUCCCCAGAUUACGCGUCUACCACUCUUAACCACUACACCAUGCUAGCUCUCUGAAAUCAAUAGCGAGAGCAUGGGGCCUGAUCCAGAUCAGUACCCUGGAGGAGGUUAGGGGGCUUUAACCCUUUGCUCCUUGCUGUGGCUCGAAUCCAGGUCAGAUGCCCCACGAGUGCUAUUUCCAUUGGAAGGAAGGUUUCCAUUCAUGCCAAUAGAAAAUUUCCUUACAAUAUAAAAAGCAGGCGCAGGGGACUCAAUGUGGAUUGGGACCAUAGCAAGACGGCAGAGAGUUAAACUCCUAUACCCACUGUCAGAUCCUGACACACCUCUGACACACUUACACACGCAUGCAAAAAAACCCAACAUCCGCUCAAUUGCUAAUUGCAUGAAUUGCAUAAUGUCUGAUUGGCUCUGUAGCAUCAAAUCAAGCCUAUACAGAUGGCUUGGGCUUCUUCCUUAAUCGUUUGAUAUGUUCAGCAAAAAAUAUUUUUGUGCAUCCCCACAUGGCAGUAGAUAAAAAGCAACUGACAAAGUGCAGAUGUACACAUGUUGUUUUAAUCCAGACCACUUGAACCGCUCGCAGACAGCACCUAACUAUUUAGAAGUGUAUGAUUUGUAAGCAGCUUUAAAGACAAUGUACACCAGAUUGCAAUAUAUGCUUGGCCACUUUCCUGUCACUAAAUUACACACUACUGAAUUCAUGCUCUGUACUUAAACUGAGAAUUAUAGUGCUGUCUUACUGACCGGUGCAGGCAGAGAAGGGAGCGAGACCAGAUCUCUUCAAUUGUUCCAUUCAUGUUUUUCGGCAACAAAGAUCAUGUCACCCUUAGCGAUUCAUUAUUCAAUUCUAUUUUUGAACUGGCAGUUUCUUAGAGAGCAGAGCGGUACAGAACAGAACAGCCAGAGAAAUAUUAAACUGUCUCACUGUAAACCAGAAAACAGCAGGAACACCAGAAUCAGCACCAGAAUCAUUCGGCAUUUAGAAGGUUCUACUAAGGACGUGGGUGGCACUGUGGGUUAAACCACUGAGCCUAGGGUUUGCUGAUCAGAAAGUCGGUGGUUCGAAUCCCCUCGAUGGGGUGAGCUCCCGUUGCUCAGUCCCUGCUCCUGCCAACCUAGCAGUUCAGAAGCACACCCAAAGUGCAAGUAGAUAAAUAGGUACCGCUCCGGCGGGAAGGUAAACAGCAUUUCUGUGCACUGCAUUGGUUUGCCAGAAGCGGCUUAGUCCUGCUGGCCACAUGACCCGGAAGCUGUACACCGGCUCCCUUGGCCAGUAAAGCGAGAUGAGCACCGCAACCCCAGAGUCGUCCACAACUGGACCUAACAGUCAGGGGUCCCUUUACCUUUACCUUUACUCAGUGCUUGGGGUACCACAAGCCAUACAGGAUUGCAACUGAGUAAAGCCCCAAUCCUAUUCAGACUUACCUGGGUGUCAGUCCCACUGAAUUCAGUAGGAGUUACUUCUGAAUAGACAGGGUUAAGACUGCACUGUGAUGUAUUGACUGUUUUCUCCAUCUCUCUCUCUCUCUCUCUCUCUCUCUCUCUCUCUCUCUAUAUAUAUAUAUAUAUAUUUAUAAGAUAUUUAUUAGGAUUUUCAGAAUAUUACAAGACAAAAAAAAGAAAAAAGAAAAAAUACAAAGUAAAAAUGGUUAAAAACAAUUCCUUCCUUCCAUUACUUAUCCUUCAUUUGCUUAUUUUCAGGACCUCCUCACACCUCCCUUUUUUGUAUUCUAGUUCAGUUAUUAGUUCAACAAAUCCCUCCCCUCUUUAUAUAUCCUAAUCAUUAAUCAUAAAGUAUUGUAAUUUUAGAUUUUUACCUAUUAAUAAACCAUUUUUUCAUAUUCCCUUAUAAUAUUUCAGCUAAAGACCACUUAGUUUCUAUCCAACAUCAUUCUAACAUUCAUUAAUUUUGCAAUAUUUCUGUAGAUAAUCUUUAAACUUUUUUCCAAUCUUCUUCCAUCGACUCUUCUCCCUGGUCUCGGAUUCUGCCGGUCAUUUCCGCCAAUUCCAUAUAGUCCAUCACCUUCAUCUGCCAUUCUUCCAAGGUGGGUAGAUCUUGUGUCUUCCAAUACUUUGCAAUGAGAAUUCUUGCUGCUGUUGUGGCAUACAUAAAAAAAGUUCUGUCCUUCUUUGGCACCAAUUGGCCGACUAUGCCUAGGAGAAAGGCCUCUGGUUUCUUCAAGAAGGUAUAUUUAAAUACCUUUUUCAAUUCAUUAUAUAUCAUCUCCCAGAAAGCCUUAAUCCUUGGGCACGUCCACCAAAGGUGAAAGAAUGUACCUUCGUUUUCUUUACAUUUAAAACAUUUAUUAUCGGGCAAAUGGUAGAUUUUUGCAAGCUUGACUGGUGUCAUGUACCACCUGUAUAUCAUUUUCAUAAUAUUCUCUCUUAGGGCAUUACAUGCCGUAAAUUUCAUACCUGUGGUCCACAACUGUUCCCAGUCAGCAAACAUAAUAUUAUGUCCAAGAUCUUGUGCCCAUUUAAUCAUAGCAGAUUUCACCGUUUCAUCCUGAGUAUUCCAUUUCAACAGCAAGUUAUACAUUUUUGACAAAAUCUUAGUUUUGGGUUCUAACAGUUCUAUUUCCAAUUUUGAUUUUUCCACCUGGAAGCCAAUUUUCUUAUCCAAAUUAUAUGCCUCCAUUAUCUGAUAAUAAUGAAGCCAGUCUCGCACUUUGUCUUUUAAUUUCUCAAAACUCUGCAAUUUCAAUUUGUCUCCUUCUUGUUCCAAAAUUUCCCAAUAUUUCGGCCAUUUGGCCUCCAUAUUGAGCCUUUUCUGAGCCUUUGCUUCCAUCGGUGACAACCACCUUGGGGUUUUAUUUUCAAGUAAGUCCUUAUAUCUUAUCCAGACAUUUAACAAUGCUUUCCUGACAAUGUGGUUUUUAAAUGCUUUAUGUGCUUUAACCUUGUCAUACCACAAAUAUGCAUGCCACCCAAAAACAUUAUUAAAACCUUCUAAAUCCAAAAUGUCUGUGUUCUCAAGAAGCAGCCAUUCUUUCAACCAGCAGAAUGCUGCUGAUUCAUAAUAAAGUUUAAGGUCUGGCAGGGCAAAUCCACCUCUAUCCUUUGCAUCAGUUAAUAUUUUAAAUUUUAUUCUGGGCUUCUUGCCCUGCCAGACAAAUCUAGAAAUGUCUCUCUGCCACUUCUUGAAACAGUCCAUUUUGUCUAAGAUUUGCAAUGAUUGAAACAGAAAUAACAUUUCUUGGCAAUACAUUCAUCUUUAUAACAGCAAUUUGACCUAACAAGGAAAGCUUCAAGUUUGACCAUAUCUCUAGAUCCUUUUUCACUUCUGACCAACAUUUCUCAUAAUUGUCUUUAAAUAGGUUUAGAUUCUUAGCGGUCAUAUUAACCCCCAAGUAUUUUACUUUCUUAACCAGUGUUAAACCUGUCUCCUUCUGAAACCUCUCUUUCUCAAUCGGUGUUAAAUUUUUCUCAAGCACCUUAGUUUUUAACUUGUUCAACUUAAAUCCUGCCACAUGACCAAAUUCCUGAAUCAAUUCUAAUACUCUUUUAGUACUAGAUUCUGGCUCCUGUAACGUCAAUACUAAAUCAUCUGCAAAAGCUUUCAAUUUGUACUGUUUAGCUCCGACCUGUAUACCUUUAAUCAUACGGUCCCUUCUGAUCAUAUUUAGCAGAACUUCCAGGACCGAAAUAAAAAGCAAUGGGGAAAUGGGGCAGCCUUGUCGUGUCCCUUUCUCUAUCUUUUUUCUCCAUCUAUAAAGGAGACUUCUCUGUGCACCUGGUAAGGCUCAUCUAUGCAUGGAAAUCUGUUUUUAACUUAUGGACACAAUCCAAAUGGACUGGAUGAGAGCCAACAAACUGAAGCUCAAUCCUGAUAAGACUGUUAGUGCGUGGUUCCCUAAACUGGAUGGAUGUUAGGUCGUCUGCUUUUGAAGGGAAUACACUCCCUCUGAAAGAGCUGGUAUGUAGCUUAGGGUAGGGUUACCAGACGUCCCCGGAUCCUGGGGACAGUCCCCAGAUGUGCAAAUCUGUCCCCAGACAAAUUCCAUCCCUGGAAUGUCCCCAGAUGUGCAAAUCUGUCCCUGGGAAACGUGGCAGCGGCAGCCUCAGCAGCCCGGAGCCAGCCUGGUAGCACAGUUGGCUCUGGCUGUCUUCAGGAGCUGCUCGCUGCCAUGGCACCCGCCAUUUUUCCUGCGCCACAGCAGCGAGUAGCAAGCAGCUCCUGAAGCCAACUGCACUACCAGGCUGGCCCCUCCUGGGCAACGGCCACCCGCCCAUGACUCCUGAGCCUCCCCUGAUCUGUCAAAACAAAGGGGGAAGGGGGAUGAAGAUCAGGGAAGCCUCAGGAGUCUCAGGCGGGCUGCAAGCCAUUGCCCAAUUUUUUUAAAAAAAACUGCACAUUUACGUUUCACAGGGUGUGAAAGAAGGGCUUUGCACCUUUAUACAAUAUGCAUGUAUGCUUGGGCCCAGGGUCUUUUUUAAUAAUAAUAAUAAUAAUAAUAAUAAUAAUAAUAUUUUUUUAUUUAUAUCCCGCCCUCCGCAGCCGAAGCCGGGCUCAGGGCGGCUAACAACAAUAAAAUAAUACAACAUUCUAAAAUCAUUUCAUUAUAAAAUUAAUUCAAAUCAAAUUGAUGGCAACCAUUGGGCUAGAGUUCUGUGAAGAUUGCCAAAGGAGGGAGUCAGGCUGCGCCCUGACCAAAGGCCUGGUGGAGCAGCUCUGUCUUGCAGGCCCUGCGGAAAGAUGUCAAGUCCCGCAGGGCCCUAGUCAUAAUGAGCAGCCUCCGUUUCUCAUAAAACUGGUCCAGGAGCGCUGCUGUGGUCCUCACAUCAGCAUUAAUGUUCAUGGGUGUACAGGUUGGCUCCGUUCCUGACCAGCCUAAAUUGUACUGACAAACUCGUUCUGGACUUCCCUGCAAUUCGUAUCCACCGAUGCAGGAAAAUUCACAGGUUGUGCCAUAAUUAUCCCCAUCACCAGAACAUUUUAUGUAGCCAUUUUCUGGAGAAGAAGAAGAGUUUGGAUUUGAUAUCCCGCCUUUCACUCCCUUUAAGGAGUCUCAAAGCGGCUAACAUUCUCCUUUCCCUUCCUCCCCCACGACAAACACUCUGUGAGGUGAGUGAGGCUGAGAGACUUCAAAGAAGUGUGACUGGCCCAAGGUCACCCAGCAGCUGCAUGGGGAGGAGCGGGGAAUCGAACCGAGUUCACCAGAUUACGAGACUACGACUCUUAACCACUACACCACACUGGAGCAUUCAGUUUCCCGCAACGUCUGACUUUAACUUUUGCCUCACCAUCCCCACUACUGACUCCCUGUUGCUACUCAGCUUCAAAAAAAAAAAAAAAGUGUCCCCGGAUUCAUUGAAAAAAAUCUAGUAACCAUAGCUUAGGGUACUCCUAGAUUCUUUGCUGUUGCUUGAGACUCAGGUGGCCUCGGUAGCCAAUAUAAUGUAAAGGGUUCUUUUAAAGAAGUCAGUGCCUGUUGCUGCUGGGAGUGCCAACUGCUGGCAUCAAAAGCUGUUCACUAUGGCAUCUUUCUAUGCAGCAAGCAUUGUUCUACAUUACAUUACUGGCAUGAAGACUGGCCAUGUCAGAAAUGUCCGGAAUGGCGACAAAAACCGCAAGUGAACUGGGCUUUGGUGCGAGAAUUAGGUCAAUUGUUUCUGCCGAAAAGGCAGGUCAGCAUUUCCCACGAUGCCAGCAACCAUGGGCGUUGCUCACUGUGGUCACCAGCAGAUGAGUCAGACGUGAGGCAAAUUCUCUCCCAGAAGCUGAACGGGACAUUUCCAACUGAUGCACAUUUCCUGUGAAGCCCCCGCUGCUUCACAGGGAUGCCUUACAAAGAACUCUGUGCACUUAGAUGCAAACUUUCCAUAAUAAUAAUUAUACUAAAUAUUUUUUUUUGCCACAACACACUUUAUACACUGGGAUAGGGAAAACAUCUGCAGAGUAUUUCUUGUUUGCCAGCAUUGCAAAGUCUACAAUUUUUCAAUCACUGUUAAGUAACACACACAAAUUCUCCAAUUCUUUUGGGAGGUCUUUGGCCGGCCGUUUACAUUAGCAAUUUUGGGGGAAGUACAGAGACUUUCAUUGACGAGGGCUGCAUUCCCAUAGACUGUUCCAACUUCUACGAAAUCGGUUAAUGAAAAUACGUCUGGCGCUAGCUUUCCGAAUGGAAUGGCUCUAUUGAUUACCAGACAACUACCCGCUAAGACGAGGAGCCUUUUCUAAGGAUUAUAUACCACAAACAGGCAUAACAAUGGUAACAGCAACCAGAUGUCUAUAGCUGCAGAAUGGACUGCUUAGCUCAAGUUACCAUAUUUUUUGCUCUAUAAGACUCACUUUUUCCCUCCUAAAAAGUAAGGGGAAAUGUGUGUGCGUCUUAUGGAGCGAAUGCAGGCUGCGCAGCUAUCCCAGAAGCCAGAACAGCAAGAGGGAUUGCUGCUUUCACUGUGCAGCGAUCCCUCUUGCUAUUCUGGCUUCUGAGAUUCAGACUUUUUUUUUUCUUGUUUUCCUCCUCCAAAAACUAGGUGCAUCUUGUGGUCUGGUGCGUCUUAUUGAGCGAAAAAUAUGGUGAUAUGGGAUAUUCUGCUCUGCUGUGUCUGGUCCUCACUGUCCCCAAAGGAUUACCCGGUCCUUCCUGUGGUAACAUCAGAAGCUCCACCAGGCAAAAUUCUCAUUCAGAUUCUAGAAUGUGUAUCUAGCAAUCUUUUGCUCCCUGACCCAUAGUCCAGAACCCUUCAAAUAUCCCUAGUGUACCCACUUCCUUCCUGACACUAACAGACAGCUCCUCCUAUAUAUAGGGCUGAUCUACAGUAUCCUUUUGCCUACUUACUUCUCGUAUCCUUUUCUGAACUCUGUCACCCCAUCAAUCAUUGUUAAGAGCUUUCUGUUUUGGACCACUGCCUAUUUUGACCUACUUUGUUUAGUCCCAUUCUUGGAUUGGCUUCCUUACCAAACUUGUUUCUUUUCCUCUAUCACACAGUCCCUCCAUGCUCUUCAACCCACCCCACGUGGCCCUGUCCAUCUCAAGGAGCGUCUCCACCCUCAUCAUUUAGCUUGGACACGGAGAUCCAGCACCGAGGGCCUUCUGGUGGUUUCCUCUUUGCAAGAAGUAAGGUUACAGGGAACCAGGCAGAGGGCCUUCUCGGUGGUGGCACCGUCCCUGUGGAAUGCCCUCCCAUCAGAUGUCAAGAAGAUAUAAAAAAUGAUGCAACUUUUGGAAAACUUCUGAAGGUAGCUGUAUCAGGGAGUUUUAAAUGUUUGAUGUUUUAUUAUGUUUUUAUAUGAGUUGGAAGCCAUCCAGAGUGGCAGGGGCAACACAGCCAGAUGAGCAGGGUAUAAAUAAUAAAUUAUUGUUAUUAUAACACACUUUCUUUCUUUUCUUUUUUAGAUUUUUUAAUUUAUACUUUUCAAGUUUAUACAUUUCACCAAUUUUAUACAUUUCACUAAUUUUACAGUCAUUUCCACAUUUCCAAACUUGACUUCCUUCCCCCUCUUUCUGUGGUUCCUUAAAUUUGUUUUUAACAUCUUCUGCAUAUCCAAAUUAACUUAAUUUGCUCAUUUAUUCAUCUUUAAAUAUAUACUCUUGUAAAGCUGCAGGUUAUUGCAAUAAUCUUGCCAAUGUUUUUAUCUGUUUAUAAUUUAUCUGUAAAUAUUCAAUAAACCAUUUCCAUUCUUUUAUUUUUAAAAAGUUACCUUGAUUUCUUAUUCUUCUGGUAAGUUUUGCCAUUUUUGCAUGUUCCAUAAGUUUUAGUGCCUAUUCUUCCUUUGCUGGGACUUCUGCUUCUUUCCAUAUUAUUAAGCAGUUUCUUGCCUCACUGAAUUCUUCCCUUUUCCUCAAGUUUUAUUCUCUACCUACCCUUCCUUCAGUUUUCUCUUUCUUACAGUGUAUUAGCGACUUUGUGACAGUCUUCCUUCAGAUUCAUCGACUUUGGUCUCUGCAGUCAGUUCCUUACCUGCCCUUCCAGGUCCUCAGCCAUCCCCUAUGUGAACUGUUAAUCCCAACCAAACUGUUGACUUUCAUGUCUCUCACAGAAAUUGGACCAUAACAACCUUUGAUAUCACCUGAGUUAAGCCGGUCUUCAACAGCUGUACGAUAUAAAUGAAAAUUCUCAAACAAUUUAACUGUAAUUUAUUACUUGGAUUACAUCACAGAUGAAAUGGGAAGUAUUAUCUUUUGCACAUCAAGAUAUGGAAGCAACAUGUGGAGAUGGGAUUUGCACAUGAUAACACUCUUUUGCCUUGGAUUUCCCUUGAGAUCUUAAGAAGUCUUGGUGAUUUGCUGGGAAAAGUUCCAUUCCUGUACAGUCGCAUUGUACUAGUGACAAAGCUUUAGUAAACACAAUAUUAUUAAAAUUGUUGAUCUAUAAGAGUAUUUCUGAACCACCAACUCAUUAAAAAAAAAAAAGUACGGUUGUGUACAAUAAAAUCAUUAAAACAUCACAAAAUUAUACAAUCAUAAAACACAGAAGAAAUGACCAAAACUAUAUGAAAUCAAUUCUCUAAAAGCUCAUUUUCAUCUGGUGGAGAAAUAUAAGAAUUCCAGUUGUUUUAAGUUACUUCUAUAUAAAGCCUUAUUCAUACUAUACAGCUAUAUUGAUUUCAUACCACUUUAAGAGUCAAGGCUUUUUUUUAUAGCCGGAACUCACCAGAGCUCAGUUCCAGCAACUCUCAGGUGGGUGCCAUUGCCAUUAUAAGAGAACAAGAGAGGUGUUCAUGGUGAGAUUUGUAGAAACCUACACUGGUUUCCCAUGGACUGUAACAAAUUGUAAUCCCAUCAUUAAAAUAAUUCUAUGGAUAAUUUAUGGAACAGAUGGCCCCUCAUAAUUUAUGUUUAUAUAAAUCAAACCAUCUAUUCCAAGAUGCAGCUGAAAACCCGUGGCAUUUGGGUAACUGAAUGAAUUUAUUUUGCUUUGCUUGAUGCAGUCCUUGAGAAAUAGACUCUAAACAACUGCAUCUGGAAUCAGCACACCAGUCCUGCAUGAUAUGAAGACGUUAGACACUGAGAAGGCAUUAUGGAUGCGGAUAGCACAAGUUGUUCCUUUUCGUCUUCAGAGGGCUUUGAACUGCCUUGGCAGCAGUAGAUGUUCCUUUGAGUGCUUCACCAUAUAUGCAUCAGAGAGAAUUAUGCUUCCCAAUAAAGAUGACAGGAAAGGAACAUAAACAGAUGCUAAGUGAAGCAGGAAGCAUCGUUGGAAGUGGGACAAGGGGACAGGGUGUCUACAGGAAGGCGAAUUGCAAAAUUGAGAAAUUCAAGAAGUUCUCUUCCAGUGCUCUGCCACAGUGUGAACUAUAAUCACACAAGGGAGGAGGCUUAGGGGAGAAGCGAGUUCUGGCCCUCCAGUGUUAUUCUCAUUGGUCUCCAUAAGUUAACCAGAAAGCCUCCUCUCCUCUGAAUUUAGGCAUCUUAACCAAGACAUCACAGAACAUUUAGCUAGUCUUUGCCAUAUGGGGGUAGACUUUUUGAUUGUCAAACCCACACACCCCUGCCAAUAUUUACAGCAGAAAACCUAUCAACAGAUGUCUGGGGCAGGAGUCCUCUGAAGAACCCCAUCACCAGAAGGCCUGUGCAAGGGAUUCUGCUUGCACAACAGGGAUUCCUCCCUCCCUCCCUCCCUCCCUCCCUCCCUGCCUCUUUCUUUCUUUCUUUCUUUCUUUCUUUCUUUCUUUCUUUCUUUCUUUCUUUCUCCACACCCCCUGCUCCCCCAAAAAAGAAUUGAUGGGAGGGUUAAGAGAAUCCUCAUGAACAGUAUUCAUGGGGAGAGGGGAUCAUUAUACCCAAAACUUGUAACAGCACAAUCUUGAAUUCCAUCCUGUGUCUUCUGAGAGCCAACAAUGUGGAGGACCUGUGGUUCCUCCAGAUGUUGCUGUUUUACCCCUCCAACCAUCCCUGAUCACUGGUCAUGCUGGUGGGAGCUUGGAAUCCAACAUCUGCGGAGCCAUGGGUUCCUCGCCCCUGUCAUAGACAAGGCACAUUGAGACCAGAAGGGACACUGCCAGAAUCUACCCUGCAAAAGUUAUACAAUGCCACCAGGACAGGACAGGACAGGACAGGACAGGAAGCAGCCAUUACUGAAGUGCGUUGAGCCAUAGAAAAGAGGAGUUAGUGUCAAUGAAACUGGCCAUUGAAGUGAAAUAUAUGGUGCCAUUGUACCCCAUGAUUUAAGGUCUAUCCUAAAAUGUGUUAUCAGACUGGCAUUCUUUGAGUGAGCUAUUAAGAGACAGGGUGUGUGCAUGAACCAUAUAAACCCUUUCAAUUUAAUGACCGUAUUUUUCGCUCUAUAGGACGCACUUUUCCCCCUCCAAAAACGAAGGGGGAAAGUGUGUGCAUCCUAUGGAGCGAAUGCAGGCUUUUGCUGAAGCCUGGAGAGUGAGAGGGGUCGGUGUGCACCAACCCCUCUCGCGUUCCAGGCUUCAGGAAGCUAUCCGCAAGCCUGCGGAACCCAGCGGGAGUUCCCGCCAGGCUCUGCAGGCUUGCGCACAGCUGCCUGCAGCCCGAAGCCCGGGGAGCACAGCGCUGUGGUAAAACCAUAAUGUAUCUAUUAUCACUUUUGGAGUAUUUAAUAAUAGCAUUUAAUCACAAGUGAACUUUCUUGUGUUGCCAAUUUUUUGCAAGGUUCACCCCAAGUUUGUCAGACUAUUAUUAUAUCAUGUUUUCUCCCAGAAUGAAAACCUAAUAAUCCCAUGCCAUUGCCCAUGAACUGCCCAGAAUCAAUUUUUGUGAGGGCUUCCAUAGCAGCUGGGUGACCAGAAGGUGGCUAGCUUUCAGUGAGUCACUUGCUUCUCUGGGAAUGAAUCAUCCAAGUAUUCCAGUGCGGGUCAUUAGGUUCUCCAGAUGUUGCUGGUGACAACUCCCAUCAUCCCUGACCACGGGGAUGUUUGGGGCUGAUGGGAGAAAUAGUCCAAUAACAUCAGGAGGACCAAAUAUUUCCAUCCCUGCUGUCAAGACAACAAAUGAUCACAUCAACAUCAAGAAGAGAUUAGUGGUUCAGGUGUGUUAUCUCUCCUCAGGUUACAUUUGUUUGCCAGGUAAACAGCAAUGAUUGUGAAGCAAUAAUUUAAUUACGGUGAAGUUUACAGAACUCCUGCGUUCCCUAUUUGCAACAGAAAAUAAUGCAUUUCCCAUGGAUGGUGUAUGAAUGAUGCAGAACUGCUCUCUUCUGCUCUUUACUCCUACCAGUUUGGAUGUCUUAAUUUAAUUCCUCUGACAUUUCAGUAUUUCUAUUACCCAUUAUGUAUGAGCCAAGGAACUCACUGGGGUGGCUAGUCAAAGAGCUGUUUCUCACAGUGAUCUAAUGCUUUGGUUGCAAAUUCACCUCCCACUGAUAUGUAAAUUUUGAACUAAAUACAGCCAGUUAGAUUUACAGCCAGGCUAUUAAUCCUGUUACUUCCCUAGACACACUUUUGUCAACAGCAAAUAUACUAACUCUCCUACUACUCAGAUGAGAGACAAGACUUGCCUCAUCUCAGAAUUAAAGAAAUCCCAGUGAAUUCCUUCCAAAGAACUGGAUUUACAUGGGAAUAUUGUUUUAUGGUUACAUGGUGAUUUCAAGAAUUACACUCCAAAACGUGGGUACAUGAACAAAAGGAAUGAAACAAUUCAGGUUUAAAAGCUUGGUUCAUUUUUGAAUUGAUAUUAUUUCAUUUUAUUAACUCAGUGGUAGGAGAUAGGGUCAAAGGUUAGACACAGAGCAGAUACAGAAAGCCCCAAAUUCAAUCUCCAACAUCUCCACCUAGAAAGAUCUCUGCUGGAGAUGUGCCCAAUCAGUAGACAAUAAUGGCGCUCGGGCAUAUGUCACAGUGUCCCGUUGCGCCAGAAACAGUUUAGUCAUUCUGGUCACAUGACCCAGAAAGCUGUCUGUGGACAAAUGGUGGCUCCCUCGGCCUGAAAAUGAGAUGAGCGCCGCAACCCCAUAGUCGCCUUUGACUGGACUUAACUGCCCAGGGGUCUUUUACCUUUACCCUUCAUCUACUUGCUGCAGUCUGAGAUGAGCUCUCCAGAUAAUGUUUUCACCAACAUCUGCCAGCUUCUCUUAGGUCCAUCAUGAGAUGUCCGCCAGCUUCUAAUUACGGAUACCAGCAGCCUUCAAGCAAGCAAACUUGCUUUAUUAUCACUCCCUAGCAUCCCACUGCCAGAGGAUUGCCUCCUUCCAUUCACCAGUUUGCCUCCUCCAAGUGGAAGAAACCUGGGCAGUGCUGAAUAUUACAUUCAUUGCCAGGUGUGUCCUGCUGGAAAUAAAAAAGGGUUUUCCCCUUGGCUUGCCUUUAUACCCACUCAGUUGCCAAGUGCUUUUGUGACAUCACAAUAAACCCACAGCCAAUGGCAACAGCCAAUGGCAACAGUUGGGGAGGCAUCAUCUUCAUUGGUUUGAGCCUCACAAUGCCUGGUGGACCUAUCAGUGAUUGUGUGCUUGUUUAUUGAGGACACAGGUGGAGCUGUGGUCUAAACCACUGAGCCUCUUGGGCUUGCCGAUCGGAAGGUCAGCGGUUUGAAUCCCUGUGACUGGGUGAGCUCCCGUUGCUCUGUCCCAACUCCUGCCAACCUAGCAGUUUGAAAGCAUGCCAGUGCAAGUAGAUAAAGAGGUACUGCUGUGGUGGGAAGGUGAAUGGCGUUUCUGUGCACUCUGGGUUCUGUCACGGUGUUCUCUUGUUCCAGAAGCGGUUUAAUCAUGCUGUCCACAUGACCCGGAAAGCUGUCUGUGGACAAACGGCGGCUCCCUCGGCCUGAAAGUGAGAUGAGCGCCACACCCCAUAGUCGGCUUUGACUGGACUUAACCAUCUAGGGAUCCUUUACAUUUACUGUUUUCCAAUGGCCUAAAGGGACAUGGGUGGCCUAGUUGAGGGACCAAUGGCUAAAGCUGCUUUAUAUGAUCAUAAAAUAAACCCAUUGUAGCAUAUUAGAGUGCUGAGAAUGAAACAGAGACAGACAGAAAAGCAAUUAAUCCUUCCUACUAAGCUAGCCUAAAUAGUAAAUGUUCCACCUAGCUGAACUUUUGCCUCCUUCUCCACAGGGUCCAUUUUCAACCCUUCCUUCACUAAGGGUCACUAUUUAAUCCAAACUCUCAUUUCCUCCCUAACCUUACUUAUGAUGCCUCAAGUACAUUAUUGGCAACUGAUCUUAAAAUGUGUCCUAAAUUUUCUAGUUACCACCCAUUACUUUUUUUUUUAAAAAAAUAUUUUUAUUAAAGAUUUCUUGGUUUACAAAAGUAUGUGCAGUGUCUCUUUUUCAAGUUACAUUUUCUACAUAUCAGUUUCACUUGUUGAGACAAGGAAGAAAAGGGGGAAAGAGGUGGAGGGGGCAUGGUGAGUGGGGGUGGAGUCGGGUGGCGGUGUUUCUGUUUUACUUAUUGUAUGUGUGGGGUUUUGUGUCAGCGUCGCUUGUGCCGGUUCUCUUUACUAUUCGCUUGUGUUCCUUUAGGGGUGAGAGACAUUGGGGUUGGCCCUAGGGUAUGGUUGAUUGUCUUUGAUUGGCUGUAGUGAACUUUGUUGUCGCGUGUGAGUGGGGUGGGUGGGUGCUUUUUGAUCAGGUUAACCAGAUUGAUUUGAAUGCUGUUGGCGGGUUCUUGUUGUCUAGUUGGGCUGCGUAUGCAAUAAAGGGUAAUCAUAUCGAGGUGAAGGUGACAUCUUCUAUUCGUCCCCUUGUCAGUUUCAGUUUGUUGAUUAGUUUUUCUAAUAAGGCUGUUUCUCAUACUAUUUGAUACCACUGGUCCAUGCUUGCUCCUGACAGGUCUCUCCAGUGUAUGGCUAUGAUGCUUCUGGCUGCUGAGAGUUAAUUACCACCCAUUACUGUGCUUUUCUUAGGCUACUUCAUUGGAGCCUGAUAUUAUUAAGCCAAGUAGAGAUAGGGAUGUAUAAAGGCAGUGAGGCUUUUUGUAUGUGUUUAAGUGAAAAGAAGGAUACAGAUUUACUCUCACAAAAACAACAAGACUCAAAGGUGGGAUGGCCUGGGACUUGGGCUCGGACUCGGAACCAGAGAAGACUCUGCACCGGAUCCUUUGCCUCAGGCAUCAUCUGAACCAAGUCUGGGGCCUGAUCCUAAAGAGUCCCAGUCUGGACAGGUUCCCCUGCAACAAACACCAGCUGGGCUGAGUCAGGGGCCUGAGCCUGCCCUGGCUCCAGAUGCAGGGAUUACCUCGUUGCCUCCAGCUGGGCUCCACUACCGGUUUGGUCAGGGGAGGCUGAGGCGGCCCCUGGGUCUAGUAACCCACCGACGUCUCCCAAGCUGCAGAGACUAAGGUCUGAGAGGAAAGACCUGAGUACUUGCAGGAGGAGUGCUCACCUUCAGGCGAAACAGGGAGGUGAGUCGCCGGGUGAUCAGGACCGGCCGCUACCCUGAAAAAGAUAAAAGGCUGUUGGACCCUGCCCCAAGUUGGCGGGAGCAACAUUGCUGUAUGCUAGAUCCUGCCUGAUAUCCUGUACCUGUCCUUCCUGGUUUCCUGCCCUGUGUCCUGCCUUGGCCUUGUCGGACUGACUCCCAGCGGAACCUUCAGAUUCUGGACCGGACCUGGACCACGUUUCAUAGGUUACAUUCUGGCUGCUGAGAGUAGUUACCACCCAUUACUGUGCUUUUCUUAGGAUACUUCAUUGGAGCCCGGUAUUAUUUAGCCAAGUAGAGACAGGGAUGUAUAUAGGCAUCAAGGCUUUUUGUAUGUGUUUAAGUGAAAAGAAGAAUGCAGAUAUACUCUCACAAAAACAACAAGACUCCAAGCCUCUUUUCAAGCUUUCUGAUAGGUGGACCUGUAUCAAAAAAAACCUAUUGCAUGCAGCCAUUUUACACAGAGGAUUUAUUGAAAUAGAUGUUGACCCACUUUAUCCUCAGGUCAUAAGACAGAUGACAUGUCAAUAGACACUAAAAUAUUCAAAAAAAUGAACAGGAGCAUGUGGUAACAAGAACCCCUUCAUUAAAAUUUUAACUGCAACCACCACAAGCCUACAUAAAUAAAAAAGGGCCUGCAACAUUGAUAUAGGGCCCCUCCGGAAAGGAUUUUUAUUGUGCAUUCAUUAUGAUUUCUGAUCAUAAUGAUGCGGCAGUUUUGUGUGAUCCUGCCCUCAAUGCUGUUUGAAUCUGCAAAAGUUUCAGGAAGGAAAUACUGCUUCAUUUCCAAUCCGUGCAUGUCUCAUAACUUCCUGCUGAAAUUUCCCAACCUUUCUUGCCACAAACAUUGUGGGGCUGUUGUUAAACACCCCCCACCCCACCACACACACACACACACACACACACACACACACGUGCGCGCGCGUGCACACACACACACACAAUCACAUUCUUAUUCACACCCUGGGCAGCACCUCUUUAAUCUUCUACCCUCGGGCAGGAGAUAUAGAAGUAUAAUCAGUCAUUGUUGUUGUUUAGUCAUGUCCAACUCUUUGUGACCCCAUGGACCAGAGCACGCCAGGCACUCCUGUCUUCCACUGCCUACCGCAGUUUGGUCAAACUCAUGUUGGUAGCUUCAAGAACACUGUCCAACCAUCUCGUCCUCUGUCGUCCCCUUCUCCUUGUGCCCUCCAUCUAUCCCAACAUCAGGGUCUUUUCCAGGGAGUCUUCUCUUCUCAUGAGGUGGCCAAAGUAUUGGAGCCUCAGCUUCGGGAUCUGUCCUUCCAGUGAGCACUCAGGGCUGAUUUCCUUCAGAAUGGAUAGGUUUGAUCUUCUUGCAGUCCAUGGGACUCUCAAGAGUCUCCUCCAGCACCAUAAUUCAAAAGCAUCAAUUCUUCGGCGAUCAGCCUUCUUGAUGGUCCAGCUCUCACUUCCAUACAUCACUACUGGGAAAACCAUAGCUUUAACUAUACGGACCUUUGUCGGCAAGGUGAUGUCUCUGCUUUUUAAGAUGCUGUCUAGGCCAACUGGCUAAAAAACAGUUUCUAUCCGUGGGCUGUUAGGCUGCUGAACGGAAAAUAAUAUAGUGCAACUGACUUUCGGGGUUGGUGUGUUGUGUGACAAGCACACAGAGUUCAAUGAGACUGAGUGUUAUUAUUAUAGUAGUGUAAAUGUGUCCCUUCAGACAGCAAAAAUUCAAUAACAUUAGGAAAGCAUUGCAGAACUAAUAAAGUGGGGUGGUGCAUUAAAGUUCCAAUACAAAUCCGCCACCAAUGCACAAUUUUUGUGUCACUGACACGUUGCAGAAUGCACUUGCCCCACCCCACCCAGUCUAGAGGAGCCCAUAUAUUCAGAUUUAAUAAGUCUCGGGGGAAUAGUUUCACAGCUGUGGCUGGGUAGCCACUGAGAACCCCUCUGUGUGUGACCUGUUGGUUCAAAUCCGAUGCAUAGUAUGCUUAUUCAAGAGGCUAUGCUCUUGAUAAGUCAUCAUGGGGCUCUAAGAUAUGUGAGAAUUUGACAACGACUUAAAUUUUGUAAUGGAUGGAGAUCACUCCUGAGAGAAUGAUAAAAGCAAGAAUCAAGGUGAGCUGCAAGUGAAAUAGUUUCUUUUAUCCUUUCUUUGGGAAAAAGAAAGAAAACAGAAAUUUCAGAGGAGCGCAAUUCAUGCUUUGAGUACUGCCUGAGCUAACAUAAAUCAAAGAUCAAUUCUCAGUGCAUGAAUAUUUUACGGACCGCUAAGUAGAGUCCUAUUAGGAAAUUAAUGCAGCCUUCUCCCUUGUCCCGUAAUUCCUUUCUGCCUCCAGGCAAGUGGGUGACACACCGGGGAAAUGGCCAGCAACUGCCAACAGUGGAUGUGUCAGCAGCAUUUUAUAGGCUGUAAAAUUGGUUAUUGUUCUUUUAUGGAAUUAUAGCAUUAAAGACUCCCCCAGUUCUUGAGAAGGGUCUUGUAAACUGAAUAAUAAAUGUAUCACAUUGAGAAAAACAGCCUCAUUGCUUUAAAAGCAUAGAACGUUUCUCAUACCUCCCUCUCACUCACUUAUCCAAGUCCACAUCCUUUAAAAAAGAACCAUGUCAUCAUCUGCAAUGUAUACAGUAGUAAAUGUGCAAUGUAUACAAGAGUAUACACUGGUGAUUGGUUACUCUGUCCUCAAAUCUUUCACUGAUUAUAAGCAAACAUAACAGUUUUUCAGAAGGCAUAGGCAGGGGCCAUGGGCAUAGCCAGGAUUUAUGUUAUGGGGGUCAAGAUACCCGCCUGUCGUCAUCCUCUGCCUGUCUCUGUCUCGCAGAUUCGGAAUGAAAUGUCUCAACAACAGUUGUUUAAAAUUAUGUUCUUUUGACCCCAGGUGCUCAGAAAAAUCUCUCCAAAUCUUUGCUAGAAUGCACCACAGCAUCACCUAAGACUUCAGGGGUCAGCAAACUUUUUCAGCAGGGGGCUGGUCCACUGUCCCGCAGACCUUGUGGGGAGCUGGACUAUUUUUUGGGGGGGAGGAAUAAAUUUCUAUGCCCCACAAAUAACCCAGAGAUGCAUUUUAAAUAAAAGGACACAUUCUACUCAUGUUGUUGUUGUUUAGUCGUUUAGUCGUGUCCGACUCUUCGUGACCCCAUGGAUGCCAGGCACUCCUGUCUUCCACUGCCUCCCGCAGUUUGGUCAGACUCAUGUUUGUAGCUUCGAGAACACUGUCCAACCAUCAUUCUACUCAUAGCUGUCAACUUUUCCCUUUUAUUGCGAGGAAUCCUAUUUGGAAUAAGGGAAUUUCCCUUUAAAAAAGGAAAACAUUGACAGCUAUGAUUCUGCUCAUGUAAAAACACGCUGAUUCCUUGACCGUCUGUGGGCCGGAUUUAGAAAUCAAUUGGGCCAGAUCUGGCCCCCAGGCCUUAGUUUGCCUACCCAUGAUCUAAGUGACCUCAGCAAGCAUUUUGAUUCCAAAUAGUCUGAUUAUUUCUACUUUCAGUUAAGUAUUUUUAUUUAUUUACUUGAUUUAGGGGGCAGCUGCCCCCUGGCUAUGCCCCAGGUAGGGGCAGGUCCAGCCCCAUUAUUAGGCAUUUUGGGGUGACUGCCUCAAACAGCUGGAUUUGAGUGUUGCGAAAGAGUAUGAAACUGUUAUUUAAUUUAUUGGGACUGGGUUUUUGUUGCUGCAGAGAGGUAACAGUGGGAUUUCCUGCCCCAGAUCCCCAGAUAAUUUGAGCUGACUUGGGGACUAUGUUCCUCAGCUAUGGUUGAGGGACACAAUCAGUGGAUGCUGUUACAUUAGGGAGAAUGGGGACAAAACUGGAAAUUGUGGGUUCUGUGUGUCAUUGGUUCUGGUUUUAUCUACUGUUGGCCUCCCUGCCUUCAACCCUAGGCUCCAGCUACUACUGGACAGCAUUUGCCAUUCUACUGUGGGUAGCAAGAUGUGUUGGGCUAGCCCUGGUUGGGAGGUUUCAAAUAAAAAGUUGAAUGGCUACAUGUCAUGGGUGAUUUCUUGGAGUGAUGCAUGUCUUAAAGCUUGUGGUUUUGAGUCCCUUCCCAACCAUCAUUUUUAUCAUCAAGGUUUUACCUUCUUUCACGCGGCUGAAAUAAUUCACACAGUAACGCUACAUAUGUAGAAAGCAGCUGCAACAUUCAGCUGACUGAUGUGGUUUCUAUUAUAGGUAGCUCUGGAGCAGAUUGGGACCAGACCCUUGAGAAAUCUGCUCCCACUCUGUGCUGGCAAUUGUCAAGGAGAACUAAGAUUCUCAGCAGUUCAACCAAAGGCCACGCAAAUAAUUAAGUUGGAUAGUUGCAGUAAUUCUUAGAAAGUAGCCUUUUAUGAGCAAAAACGCGACCCGUUUUUGGAAACAUAGUGUUUGAAUGUCACCCUAAUCUCUGAGCAAUACAAAAUUCCAAGGGUACCAGGAGCUCACCAAGGGUUCAGUUUCUUCGAAAUGAGGGACAGCAGAGACUGUUGUGUCUUUAUGAUAUAUGGUUUAGUUACACAUAUAGACAAACUGAGUCUACGAUGGAGGGGUUCACUGCAUGAACACCCCAAAAGGGUAUUUUUUCUCCAAACUGAAUUUUUUCUUGGAUUCAAACAGAGAUCUGGCAUGGCGCUCUCUCUCUCGCUCUCUCUCUCCUUCUGCUUGCUGCUUUGCUUCUAGGUCACAUCAUGACAAAACUCAUCUCUAAACUCAGGCUUUUGCCCUUCUAGCUAUCUAAGAAUUGAAGGAGGGCUUCAACCCAUUUUCCCUCUUACCUUAUCUUAUCACCCAGGCAAUCGCAUCAACAGGAAACUAACCUGGCUUGAUUAGCUUUUAACCUUUGCUGGAUCCAGGGAUCAGAAGGCUUGAUGAGAUUUUAACACCCACAAACUCAUAACAGAAAAAGCUUACAUCAUCUUCAGAAUAUGCUCUGAUUUAGAUUCGAGCAGCCUUUAAACAGGAAAAAAUGUUUCAGAACUGGGAUGCAAGGCCCUUUAAAGCUUUAAAGAUAAAGCCCAAUACAUUGAAUUAUGUUCAGAUAUAAAUUGGGAGACAAAACAGAAAAGCCCCAUCUGCACUAUCUAUUUUAAGCAUCCCAGCAGAAACCAUUGUAAACCAAUGCUCCAUCUUCCACCAUUCAUUUGAUAUUGAACUACUACCAGUCAGGAAGAAGCCUCAAGCAGUAAGGGUCACAAUAAACUAAGGUGCUCACUUGCCCAUCACCCAAAAAGAGAACAAAAUAGAGAACUUACUUGCAUAAAAUUAUUAUUUAAAUUUGCAUUUGGCCCUUCAUCCGCAGAUCUCAGAGUGGUUCACAACAUAAAAUGUGCAUGUGCUAAUUCAUAUGCAAAGCUGCAACUCUAGAAAUUGUUGCUAUAAUUUGAAUAGAAACACUAUCCAUCUCACCAUAGUAGGAAAAACUGUGACCAGGUGACAUGUGUUCAGUCUGCUGUCCAGCAUUGUUGAUGCGCAACUUCACAGCUCCACCCUUCCUACUUACAAUUCAUUAUCUUUAAAUCAGAGAUUUACAGUGGACGCUCUAUUUGCGAAUGUGAUCCAUGCAGGAUGCACGUUCGCAACCCGCAGAUGCAGGUUGCGAUCCAGCGCUUCUGCGCAUGCACGACUGCCGAAACCCGGAAGUAACCCAUUCCGGUACUUCCGAGUUUUGGCAGUCCACAACCCGAAAAAAUGCAACCUGAAGUGGACACAACAUGAGGUAUGACUGUAUUGGGCAGCCCUUCCAACAGAGGAUACUUUCAGAUAGGGGAAAUAUCCUUUGACAGCCCCUCAGAUUAGAGGACUACCUCCUAUAAAGUAGAACACUUGGGCCACUCUACAAUCAACUAUAAAUCACCAGUAAGCACAAGUGAUUGGAAUCUAAAGGCCUGUUUAUCUUCACUGUAGGGUGUUCUUAUUUUCUAAACUCCAUGAACUUUGAAGCUAACCAAAUGACCACAGCUGUUUUUAGCAAGUACAUUUCCUUCAGGCGUAUUGGCACUGGAGACCAAAGCAUUGAAACCAAACAUGCGGUCAUUCUGAUUGUUUGGAUAGAAGUCAUCCUGCAAGACAUUUAUUCAUUAAAAACUUCAUCCUGCUGACCUAUUCCUCAGAGAAAAUUUUUCACAAGGACUUCACAUAUCCAAAUUUCCUUCCUUUCCCUCUGUGCUCACCCCUGGGUUCUUGCUUUGGAGUUUCGUGUCCGUGGCAGAGAAGCGAUACUGGCAUUGGUGCCGAUUUCGGGCGAAAUGUUGGCUGAUGUGGGUGUGAUUUCACCAAAAUCGCAUGAGAUCUUGUUUGCUCCACAAUAUCUAAGAUUACCUCACUGUCCUGCUGAUGGGAACUCUCACUACUCAGAGAAAUGGGGUAAUAUUAAAUACCGUAGGUGACUAUUCUAAUCCAAAUGCCAGAAUCUAAAUUUAAAGUAACAUUUUAACCCAGCAUUAGAAAUUUGCAGAGGUGUGGUAGGUAAAUGUUGUUUUCAGUGCAUACUUCUUCUUUGGCGAUCACUUGUAGGCGAGUAAGAUUGUCUUCCUGAACAUGGUUUUAAAAGUGAGUCCGUAAGUGACUGUGGAGGCCAAUUCUGGAUCCAAACAUCCUUCCACAGUGGGGACAUAGGUUUCCAGGCGGGAGUUGAUUCACUGUGAGGGUUUGCCAAGCGUGCCUUCCUCUUAGCGCGCUUCUCCCUUUCGUUCUGAGUUCAAGCGUCUUCAAAGCCCAUGGCACCUUUGGUAAAGGCUGUUCUCCAACUGGAGCGCUCGAAGGCCAGUGUUUCCCAGUUGUCCGUGUUUAUACUACAUUUUUUUCAAUUUGCCUUGAGAAAGUCUUUAAACCUCUUUUGUUGACCACCAGCAUUACGCUUUCCAUUUUUAAGUUCGGAGUAGAGUAGUUGCUUUGGAAGACGAUAAUCAGGCAUCCGCACAACAAAGUUGAUGUUGAUGUUGAAGAAUUAUUGCUUUGGCACUGGUGAUACUGCAAGGCUUAACAGGGGGUGGGGAGUGAAUCCAGUAGAGGUGAAAGAGGCUACUUUAUGGCAAGACAUCCACUAUAUUGGCUGGGCUCCAAAGAGCCACUCCUGUAUGCUGAGACUUCUCCUUUUAUUUCCCAACUGCAGCUUCUCUGUACUGCAUCACAGAUUACUCCUUAAGGUUUCCCAUACCCUCCAAUGCAUCUCCAAUGAAAAUAGGGACAUCCUAUUCCAUAACAACAACAAGUUUAUUAUUUAUACAUCAUCCAUCUGAUUGGGUUGUCCCAGCUGCUUUGGGCAGCUUCCAACAUAUAUAAAAACAUUAAAAAAUAAACAUAAAAAACCUUCCCAGAUGUCUUCUAAAGGUUGCAUAAUUACUUAUGCCUUUGGUUCAGGGGGGUCACAUAACCCCAUACCCUCCAAUGAAAAUAGGGAUGUCCUAAGGGAAAGCAGGACUUUCCGGGAUCAAAACAGAAACCAGGACAGCUUCUGUAAAUCCGGAACUGUCCCUGAAAAAUAGGGACACUUGUAGGGUCUGGUCUCCUGAAUUUCUAGAUUUGCUGUUAAAUACAGCACAGGAGUCAAAGACAAGGCCAGAGUGGGGAGAGUUAGCUCAUGGCCAAGGUGUCUUGACUACCAACAGAGUUCCUAAGCAGAAGUCUUGAAGAAAGUGUUGCUUAACAUGCUUUCAGAUAAAAAGAGACCAGUACAAUAAAGAAAUCUAAAAACAGAGGAACAUUCAAGCCAAACGGCCGUUUGAGUGCUGGCAUGGCAAGCAGCAGAUGCAGCCAUUAAUUAGUGUUAAUUGCUUCUGUCUAGACACCAUGUGAAGGCCAAACCAUUGCCUUUUGUUUACCAUUUCGAAGUUACCUAUAUUUGCCAACAGCAUUUUUAGGACACCCUUGUUUAGAUCGUUUCAUUCCACUGAAAUUACUUAAACCAAGAAUUUAGCACAUAUGAAUCAAAACUGUAGCAGUUCAGCCCAACUUUGAAUUAGUUUAUCUGCAAACUCACUAAUAAAGCAACUAGAAAAAUCUGACAAAAAGUAUCUAAGAGCAUUAAGAAUCCAAAGCAAAGCCUUAAGGGACCUGCUAAUUUUAUUGGGGUCAGACACUGCAUUCUGGUAAGCUUCUUAUUAGGAUGUAUUAAGGAAGUAAUUAACAGUCUGAUCUUGUGCAUAUUUACAUAGGAGGUAACCCUCUUUGCUCAGUGGCACUUGUUUGCAAGCGAGUUACGGUACAUAGGUUUGCAUCCCUGACUAUUUAUUUAGUUAAUAACCUACCCAAUCCCAAAAGUCGAGAUACCUUAAAAAAGCAUGUUAAAACAAACUGAUUAUAAAAUAUAUUAAGUGUAAAAAAUACCCAAAUGUCAUGUAAAUCAAGCUGAACCUAUGUGUCUUAAUACGAAAUCUCAAAUUAAUAAUAAUAAUAAAAAACCUGACUUUGUAUGCUUCCAAAAUAUCAGGCAUUGGUUUUUCCAGACUGCCCCCUGCAGUGAAAUUGUCAGAGACAAAUGUUCCAUUUGUUUAAUAGAUAAGAUGUUUCUAAUGCUUGUUGCGAGACAUCCCUGGGAAACCUUUGCAUUGUUGUUCACUAGUUGAAACAUACGUGGAUCAUCGGGAGAGCAUGAGUUUUUAAGAGAAAAUCAGAGAGACACCAUACACAAACACUUCAUACACAUACGCAACACCUGUUUGCAACUGUAUGUCUUCAUAGCAUCAGCCCUUGCUUAAUUCUGCAGGCAUCUCUCAACCCUUCUUGUCCAUAGCUGUCAAGUGUCCCUUAUUUGGCGGGACAAUCCCUUAUCCCAGCGCCAUGUCCCGCUGCUGUCCCUUAUUGGUGAUGUCCCUUAAAUAAGCUACUGAAGGUAAUGGGGCCCUUUCUAUGUCCAGCUGUCCUUUGUCAACAACAAAUUGUUGCUGGUUUUUUUGUGUUGAAUAUAUGCUAUAUGGUAAUUUAUGGACCUAAUAGGUAUCUAAAGCCAUUUGCACGCAACAAAAUAUGUAUUUUAUCAAAGUAAUUGUUGAUCCCUUAUUUUGGCUGCUGAUCCCUUAUUUUCGAGGCUGCUGGUCCCUUAUUUUCAAAUCUGUAAGUUGACAGCUAUGCUCUUGUAACCCCCCAGGUCUGUAGCAACAAGCCAUCAUCCGUUUUGGACCAGGUCCUCUGGAAGCCCUCUUAUUUCUCUUUUCUCUCUAAAACACCUUCUAACUUCAGAAUCCAAGCUCUUAGGGAAGGGGUAGAGAGCCUGUGGCCCACCAGAUGGAGCCUGGAGAUGGAGCCCAGACAGUGGCAUGGCAUGGCGUGGGGCAAAGGGAUGGUUGCUAGCGCAAGUUAGGAAGGAUAUUAAUAAACAAUAUAUCCUCUCCUGCCACCCUGAACAUUCCCACAACUAUCACACACAGGUAAUACUAGUGGGCUUCCCAUAGGCUCGUAGGUUGGACACUGUGAGUACAGGAAGCUAAACCAGAUGAGCCCUUGAGCUGAUCUAGCAGGGCUCUUAACAAAGAAUGUCCCCAAGCCAUAGCAUUUGAAGAUCUGAAGUGUGUCAAGACUGGCAGCUGUAUGUUAAGAAAUGUUUGACUAUCAUGUAUGCAUUCAGCUGGAAAGUUUUUCCAAGAUGAUGACAAUCUCUUUUAUAACAACAACAAUUUAUUUAUACCCCGCCCAUCUGGCUGGGUUUCCCCAGCCACUCUGGGCAGCUUCCAACAAAAUAUUAAAAUACAGUAGUCAAUUAAACAUUAAAAGCUUCCCUAAACAGGGCUGUCUUCAGAUGUCUUCUAAAAGUCUGGUAGUUGUUUUUCUCUUUGACAUCUGGUGGGAGGGCGUUCCACAGGGCGGGUGCCACCACCGCCAGAAGGCCCUCGGAGCUGGACCUCAGUGUCCAGGCAGAAUGAUGGGGGUGGAGACACUCCUUCAGGUAUACUGGACCUAGGCCGUUUAGGGCUUUAAAGGUCAGCACCAACACUUUGAAUUGUGCCCAGAAACGUACUGGGAGCCAAUGUAGGCCUUUCAAGACCGGUGUUAUGUGGUCUCGGCGGCCGCUCCCAGUCACCAGUCUAGCUGCCUCAUUCUGGAUUUAGCUGUAGUUUUAGCAGUGAAGAAAAAAACCUGGUAUGGAUUUGUCCAAGGUCGCACAGGGUUGAACUAUCUCUUCUGGGAUUGGGAUACAAAUGUUUUUAGACCAUAAAGCUGUAACGUUACUUGACAGCAUGCUAUGACAAAUCUUCUGGGCAUUUUGAUGUAUAACCUAUGUCGUUUGACCUGCAAUAUGAGUUACAGCUUCUAGAGCUACACUGAAUCAUGUUGACUUGUGCUCUCCCCCCUCCUUUGCAUUCUGCUUAAUUCUAAGCACAGUGGUUUGUAUGUCAUUUCUGAGAUGAUCUGCAUUUGAAAGUACAGCUACUAAUGGCCCUUUCAAGUUAGAAAACAAACAAAAACGCUUAUCUGAGUACUGAACUUGUCGUUGUCCAUCUUGGAACUGAGAGUAAACAACAGAACGAAGUUCUGCCAAUGCUACUGACAUGAGAGAGUUGUAUUUGAUGUAGAUGUACAGAAACAAAAGUCAAGAACUAAAGCCUAAUCUAGCAUUUUAUCUUGGGUAUAUUAAAAUGGGGCCAGGACGUCACAUGCUUCUUGAUAGAGAAGCGAGGGAGGGGGGAGUUUGAGAAUAUAUAUCUUAAUAUAAACUUCCAUGAGGGUGUAAGUUUCAGAGAAACCCAUAGAACCAGAUGUAUUGGCCUUCGUCAUGUCAGAAACCCUCUUGCUGAAAUAGUUUCUUAUUUUGCUUUCUAUUUAAAGCUAUUUUGAAUCCUGCUUUAUUUUUAAAAAAAAAAACAGUAGGUUGGGUCCAAAUUUAAAACAAUUCUUGCACAAAUCCCCCUGUACCCAUUUGUCUGAAAUUUGGCAGGAUCCAUCCCCUCAAAAGGGACGGCUUUGUCUGCCAAUAAAUAUAAGAGGUUCGGAUUUAUUUAUUUAUUAAAAAACCCCACUUUAUUAGGUUUUAAAAACUCCUUGCACAAACCCCACCCCCCAACAACUAAGUGCCUGAAAUUUGCCAGGCAUCAAACUCUCCGAUGAGGUUGCUGUGCCUGAAAAGAUAUUUAAAAAUAAGUAAAUAAAAAUGUGAUAGCCGUUUGUUGACUUUUCCUGUUGGGAAAGACAUCUGCAUUGACUCUUGGCUGAGAAUUCUUUCGUAGCAUUACAUAUAGGAAUGUUUGUAGCAAAGCUAUGGUUACAUCAGCGGCGGAGCAUAUGAAUGCGCUGCCCAGGGCAGGCAUGCUCCCGAGAGGGGCGGGACGCUGACGGUGCCCUUCCAGGUGCGGGAUAGCCGCUCGGGUGCACGGAGCGGCACGUGCGCUGUAGCCAGGAGCGGAGCGAGCCAUCCAUGGGGGCAGAGCAAGCUGCUGAUGGCGGACAUUCGGCGUGCCACCCACCUGCAACUCAAGCCUCCACCAGCUGUCAAAAUGAAGGUGGAAGGGUGGAAUGCAGCUGGCAAAGUGGCGCAGCUCCUCCCCCUUCAAAUGUCACUCCCCUCAGCGAAGACACCCGGGUUGGUCCACCCCCACUGCGCCCCCUUCCUGUGCCCCUGGGUUAAAAGGUAAAGGGACCCCUGACCGUUAGGUCCAGUUGUGACUGACUCUGGGGUUGCAGUGCUCAUCUCGCCAAAGGAGCCGGCGUACAGCUUCCGGGUCAUGUGUCCGGCAUGACCAAGCCGCUUCUGGCGAACCAGAGCAGCGGAUGGAAAUGCCGUUUACCUUCCCGCCAGAGCAGUACCUAUUUAUCUACUUGCAGUCUGAUGUGCUUUCGAACUGCUAGGUUGGCAGGAGCAGGGACCGAGCAACGGGAGCUCACCCUGUCGCGGGGAUUUGAACCGCCAGCCUUUUGAUCAGCAAGUCCUAGGCUCUGUGGUUUAACCCACAGCGCCACCCGCGUCCCAAUGCCCCUGGGUUACAUACAUGCAAAAAUAACCUUGUUUCGUAAAGUCCUUCCACAGAAGGUGCAAUGAGUAACAUUUGCCACCAGGGGUUGAUUCUUCUCCCGUGUCUUGCUAGUUUUCAAAAAGCUGUGUCAAAAAGCUAGAUUUCCCAUAUCUUCUAGUGAAAACCCACUUCCAUCUUUGCUAUCUGAUAUAGCCAGUCAAAGUAAGCUGGGAAAGUCCUUGCUGGGAUUCUAGCACCCGAUCAUAUAAACUGCCAUCCAGGAAGAAACUGGAAUGGAUAAUAAGUUGUUGAGCUUUUUUGCCUGUUUAUUUUUCAGGAAAAUUGCCAAAAACAACACUGCCGACAUGGGUUGAUAUGCGUCCGGAUUUUCCCGGACAUUUUUAGCAGUUUCCGCCCAGCCACUGCUUCUGGCUGCAGUAUUCCAGGUAUGUCCGGGAAAUUCCGGAUGUAUGGCAACCCUAUUAAAUCUCAAAAUUACCCUCAAAUUUUAAGAGAUGAUAUAGGUUUUGGGGGUUAGUUUGGAUGAUGCCUAUGGAUCCCAACCAUGCCUGUGGUUUUGCAUGCAUGCAACUAUGUAUUCAACAUCCAAUGUAUAUAUAAAUUUGGUUCAAAGCCUUCUAUGAGCCAGAAGUACACUUAAUCCAUUUGCGGGGUGAUGAGACUGACUGAUACCCUUGCAUUCUCCUUGAUGAUGAUCUCUGUGUACUACUGCAAGAUAAAAACAUAUUAUCCUAGACUCGAUGAAUAUCCAAGCUUUGGAACUGAGCCUCAGUCAGGAGUUCUGAAACUUUACCAUAGCAAAUCACCCCUGGGGGAGGUGGGAAUAUCAAGAAAUAGUGUCUCUCCCAAAGGUAUGGACAUUUCCCAUUUCCAACAGACUCAAGCAGGAAAUAGUUUGUAUCUGCUGUGUGGGCAGCCGAAGCCGCCUCACUUCCUUGUUUUCGAGAACAAGACCAUCUCAUGGGACAGGCCUGUGUCAGAAAGAGCCAAGGGCAAUGUCAUGUUUCCCAGGCCAGGCGCUCAAACCUACCUUCUCAGGGAAGGCUAAGUUGUUUCCAACAUCCAUUGCAUAAUAGCAGAAUUAACCUAUCUUUUGGUAGCAGCUGAACUGGGGAAAGCAGGAUGGUAACAUUUGCAUGUUGAGGUCCCCAAGCCACCCCCCAAAGAAAUCACAAUUCACACAGAAUUUUUGUUUAACGUUUUUGGCAUAAUUUUGGCCACAACUUUAUUAAAAUGCAUAAUGUGAGUGGUUGCUUAGGCACUGGUUACAACUAUCUGUUCCUGCCCAGGGACAGAACUGACUUCCGCCACCCUGCGAAAGUCAGUAAGGGAAAACAUUAUGGGGAGAGAAUGGAGCUGGGCGACAGGCUCUCCCCUCUCCCCGAAUGCUCCCAGGGGCUUGCGUGGCCCAAGCCCCUUGCCAGGGAUUCGGACAAAAGCAUGGCAAACCCCUGGAUUCCUUUAAUGGAAUUCCCUUGCAGCAGCAGCAUUGGAGGGGCAGGCACAGACAACCCAGACCCCUCCACCAACCAAUUUUUUAACCAAUGCCUAACCGCAACCUUACAAGCUGUGACGAUUUGCUACGUAGUAGGCAAAAACCAAAUGGCACCAGCCAAUCUGCCAGAUGGACAAAAUUCCUACCGGGCCCCUGCCCCAAAGCAGACGACCCCAUGACAGGCAUAGCAAGGUCAAACGCAACAGCCCUAAAUUAGGGAAGGUAGGCGGGCGAUCCAAUGUGCGGAGUGAAAAGAGGAAGCUCAACGUUGUGUGUGAGGAAUAUAUAACGUUCGGGUUAUCCAGCAAUUUGGUAACAUCAAAAUCUCCCUUACAACCCAGAAUAGCCCAGUCACAGUCAUGGCCAUCUAGACAAUCCCGCCCAGCAACCAAAAGGGGGUGUUCUGCUAGAUCCCCACCGCAACACGUGCUCUCCAUGAAGGAGGACACACUGUUCAAAGAAUGUUAAGAAACUUCAGGCUGUGUGUGUGAGAGAGUGCGCACAUGCACACACACACACACAGAGGGUUGGAUUAACACGGGUGGCGCUGUGGGUUAAACCACAUAGCCUAGGGCUUGCCGAUCAGAAGGUUGGCGGUUCGAAUCCCCGCGACGGGGUGAGCUCCCAUUGCUCUGUCCCUGCUCCUGCCCACCUAGCAGUUUGAAAGCACGUCAAAGUGCAACUAGAUAAAUAGGUACCGCUCCAGCGGGAAGGUAAACAGCGUUUCCGUGCGCUGCUCUGGUUCGCCAGAAGCGGCUUAGGCAUGCUGGCCACAUGACCCGGAAGCUGGCUCCCUCGGCCAAUAAAGCAAGAUGAGCACAGCAACCCCAGAGUCGGUCACGACUGGACCUAAUGGUCAGGGGUCCCUUUACCUUUACCUUUUAUAUAUAUCUACCUUACUUUCCCGUCUAUAAGACACCCCCAUGUAUAAGAUGCCCCCAAUUUUUGGAGACUGGAAUUUAAGAAAAGGGGGGGAGAUGGCACAAAGUUGUUGAAAUUUUUGGGGAGAGAAUUCAGCAGAGUUGUUGAGCUUUUGGGGGGAGGGGGAUUACCAAGGGUUAUUGAGCUUUCUUUAGAGGGGAACAAUGAAAACCGCGCACACGCACGCGUUGCAAAAUCCACCUCCCGUCUGUCCCCUCGCUGACAGAAGCUGCCAAUUGCCUGCCCAAUUACUGCAGCAUCACCCAGUCAACACCACCCAUUGACACAGCAACCAAUAACAUGCACAAUAGCCUCUGACAGCCACGACAGCAACCAAUCAAACGUCCACCCUAUGCACUACCCAGGUAUAAGAUGACCCCAACUUUUAGCAUGAUUUCUAAGGGAAAAAAACAUAGUCUUAUACACGGAAAAGUAUGGUAAUUCAAAAUAUAAACAACAAUAAUAAUAAACAAAAUAUUAUUUUUCUGAAAUGAAACAAAACAUACAAGAAGAUGGAAAAUGAUGUUUAUUUUUCUAUAUUUGUAUAAAUAAUAUAUAUAAUAUAAUAUUUUGUUUUAUAUGUCCUCCUUCCCAAUAUGCUUAUUUUGCUGAAUGGUUUAUCAACACACACACACACACACACACACACACACACACACAGACACUGUAUUUCCCAAAAAUAUAUUGUGCUCAAAGCAAUUCACAGAAAAGAGAGAUCUGUUAUUAUUUCUAUUUAUUAAGCAUCAUCUGCUUGUUAUCCAAAGGUCUCCAAGUGACUUGCACGGGGGGGGGGGGUAUGCAAAUGCGUUAUACCAUAGAAAAAACACCUAGAUUUUUAUACUCGUUUGAGGCAAUACUAUCCACUCUGAGAGCUAAUGAAAGCAAUGUUUUCAUGCUGUGAAGAAAGUUAGUUUAGUUUAUUACGGCCAUAGGCCCACAUUCAAUACAUCAUACAAGAGAACAGGUAUAACAAGAUAAAAUUAAUAAAUUAAAUUACGUUUAAGUCAAGUACAUCUCAAUUCGUAAGUUUCUAAAUUCCAUUAAAAUAAGAACAAUAUAGCGCUUAAAGUAUCAAAUUAUCAGUAUAAAUCAAUAUUAUUUAGGCAAAAUCAAUAAUCAUAGAGUAAUCCAUUUUUCCUUUUAUAGGCUAAUACUGUUAUCAGAAAUCUGGCAACAGAAAGGGACCUACUCGGAUCAGAAUCUUGCAAUAAAUGUAUUAGCUGUGUUUCCAAGGAAUCACCUGAGAUUUCCAAUAACAAAGGAGACAAAAAUCUGCUCCGAGAAACUGAAUGUAGUGAACAGCAGAAUAGUAUAUGUUGUAAAGAUUCUAUAGAUCUAUUAUCACAUACACACACCGCUGAGAUCCGACCAUUGGAAAAUCUAUUAUUCAAGACAUUGGAAGGAAAGGCGUUAAAUCUUGCCUUAAUAAAGGCAUAUCUGUGGGCCGCUACAGACAAAGAGGUCAAAUAAGAUGGUAUCUGCUGUGAGGGCACUAUGCCAAGAUUUAAUGGUGAGCAAGUGCCACUACCCAAAAUGGUGUUUUGUUGUAGGUCAAUCUCCUCAAGUUUUUGAGUGAGGGUUUUUUUGCUGUGGCUAGGUCCAAUUCCAAUAAUUCUGAUGGAGACAAUCCAUAGGUCACUACUUUGGAAUGGAUCUCUUUUGCCCCUAGGACGGGAAAAUUAUCUCUCCAGAGGCAUUGGAUCAAAUACAGAUUCGGGAGCCUAUGCCUUAAGGACAACCAGUAACAAAGGCUGCGCCUCCAAAGAGUAUUUUCUAAAGAUGUAGUUUUUAAUUCUAUGCUGUGAAGAAAGUAUUUUUAGCACAUAAUUUCAAUAAACCUUUAAAUAGCAAUGGACAUGCUCUCAGGAAGUGCCCAUGACUUGUUUUUUUAAAAAAAUAUUAUAAUGAUCUUGGGACACAAUAGAUAUUUAACAGCUUUUCGGGUAGGUGCGGGGGAGAGGAAAAAAAAUAUCUGUAGAUAGAGAACAUUCUGUGUCCUUUCUAUUGUUCAGUCCAAACAAAAAAGCAGACUAAAGGGUAAAGCUGUCUUUUUUACUCAAAUUGGUUCUGUGCAGCAGUUGAGCUUGUCUUUCCCAGACGUUUAGACGAGGGGUUACAUCCAGCUCUCUGUUUUCUGGAGCUCUGUGGGUGCAAUAAGACUUCCAUUUCCCCUCCUCCUUUCUGCCUAUCCCGAAGUGAACUUUAGGGUUUUUUGUACAUGUUUAUUUUUCUAUCCAAAGGCCAGGACAAACUUCUAGCAAUGGUAUUAAUACAGUGGUACCUCGGGUUAUGUACUUAAUUCAUUCUGGAGGUCCGUUCUUAAACCUGAAACUGUUCUUAACUUGAAGCACCACUUUAGCUAAUGGGGCCUCCUGCUGCUGCCGUGCCGCCGGAGCACGAUUUCGGUUCUCAUCCUGAAGCAAAAUUCUUAACCCGAGGUAAUAUUUCUGGGUUAGCGGAGUCUGUAACCUGAAGCAUAUGUAACCUGGAGCGUAUGUAACCCGAGGUACCACUGUACAGUGGUACCUCGGGAUGCGAAUGGGAUCCGUUUCGGAGACCCGUUCGCAUCCUGAACAGAACGCAAGACGCAACGGCGUGUUUGCGUGUGCACGGGUCGCGUUUCGCCGCUUCCGCGCAUGCGCGUGACAUCAUUUUGAGCGUCUGCGCGAGCAGCGAAACCCGGAAGUAAUGCAUUCCAUUACUUCCGGGUUGCCGUGGAGCACAACUCGAAUGCGCUCAACCCGAAGCGCAUUCAACUCGAGGUAUGACUGUACAGUCAUACCUUGGAAGUCGAACGGAAUCCGUUCUGGAAAUCAGUUCAACUUCCAAAACGUUUGGAAACCAAAGCACGGCUUCCGAAUGGCUGCAGGAAACUCCUGCAGCCAAUCAGAAGCCCCACCAGAUGUUAGGCUUCCAAAAGCAGUUCGCAAACUGGAACAGUCACUUCCGGGUUUGCAGCAUUCAGGAACCAAAACGUCCGGGAACUAAACUGUUCGAAAACCAAGAUAUGACUGUAAUGUAAUUUUAAAGCUUCCAUUUCUCUUCCAUAAAGUGCUGAAAUCUGGAAGUGAGCAACUUUUGAAUGAGCUGUUGUGGUCCAGCAUAUCUGAAGGUUACCGGGUUGGGAGAAACUGCUUUAUACGGGGAGGGGGAACCUGAAUUUUUUCCAAAGGGCAUAUGGUCCCAGAACCCAGGUUUCUAAGAACCCAGGUCCUAAAGACUUGAUCCAACAAGUGGCAAGCGGAAUCAAACUAAUCUUUCUGGUCCUCUGUUCCUGAUUUCCCAGUACAGUCGUACCUUGGUUUUCGAACAGCCUAGUUCUCGAACAUUUUGGCUCCUGAACACCGCAAACCCAGAAGUGAUUUUUCUGGUUUGCAAACUAUUUUUGGAAGCUGAACAUCCGAUGGGGCUUCCGUGGCUUCUGAUUGGCUGGAGGAACUUCCUCCAGCCGAUCGGAAGCUGUGCUUUGGUUUUCAAACAUUUUCAAAAACCUGUUCUACUUCCAAGGUACGGCUGCACACUACAUUCAGCAAUGAAUGUGGUCAAAAUAUUCUUCUCGAAUUCCAAGGGUGUGGGUAUUCCACAUCUCUCAAUUUCUGCACACUGUCACAUCUGAUUGCAAGGAAGGAAGAAAUGAUUACAGCUGUCUUCUGCAGUAACCUGAAGGCUUUGUCAAUCCCACAGAGGAUACCGUGAACCAGGUAGAAAAGAACGCAUCUGGGAAAGCAAACAAACUAUACUUAACAUUCUCCACACAUACAUUCCCAUAAUCAUUUCACAUGCUCAAGUUCCAUAUUGUUUGAAAGAUGGAGAACUGGAUCAGAGAAGGGGUUUUUUCCCCCCAUUUAAAAAUGCAUUAAAGUCCCUGAACACAUGAGAUUGAUUAGGUGAAGUCCAUUUGCCUGAUUUUGUUUCCAAGGGAAAUGUGAAGCGAUUAUGGUGAAUUCCUGCAGAGCAGCAUUCAUCUAAAAUUCUUCUCAGGCUCAUUUAUCUCCAAACAGCUGCUAAAUGGAUAUACCUGGAAUGAAGCCACAUUAAACAGCAGCUCUUAAGAAACAGCAUCAUUUCCUUUUCUUCAGGGCUAGCAAUUUUUAUUUUUUAUUUUUAUUUUUAAAAAUACACUCGAACGCUGCAAAGAAAUUGGUUGAAACAUAUUCUAUUUUAAGACACACCACAUCACCCUCAUGUUGUUGUAGGGUUCUAACUGAUAUGGCAGGUUCAAAAGUUUGACUAAACGUUCGUGAAAUAAGCUUACUUUAUUUAUAUUGCUCAUAAAGGAAUUUAAGACUCUCUGGCUAAGGUCUUGUGAGCAUAUUACAUUUUUGCAGUGAUUGACUAUGUGAUAAAUAGCAUUUUCCCUGGGGGUCAUUGCCAUCCUUUCCCUAAAUAAAGAUGGGUUGCGGUUUCUUCCGGGAGGGGGGAUUUUUGCUUGGUUUCAGUGAAUUGCUUCCAGAUUCUAAUUAGGACCAAACCAAACCAAAUAACUUUAUCGUACUAGCCAUUGGCCUUGACAAAUCUGAAUCAAAAAUAAAUGCACGUAAAGAGAUGCAGCACCACAAAUAAUAGUCUCUGUUUAGAUCUCUGCGUCUCCCUUACAGUUUAAUUAGGACAAAAGGUAUGUUUCCUUGAAGAAGAAAAACAGUUACUUCUUGGUAGAGCUACAAGAUGCAAACUCUGAAUCAGAGGUUUGUAAUUGCACCAAAGGGACGUGGGUGGCGCUGUGGGUUAAACCACAGAGCCGAGGACUUGCUGAUCAGAAGGUCGGCGGUUCAAAUCCCCACGACGGGGUGAGCUCCUGUUGCUCGGUCCCUGCUCCUGCCAACCUAUCAGUUCGAAAGCAUGUAAAGUGCAAGUAGAUAAAUAGGUACCACUCCGGCGGGAAGGUAAACGGUGUUUCCGUGCACUGCUCUGGUUCGCCAGAAGCGGCUUAGUCAUGCUGGCCACAUGACCCGGAAGCUGUACACCGGCUCCCUCAGCCAAUAAAGUGAGAUGAGCGCCACAACCCCAGAGUCGGCUACGACUGGAUCUAAUGGUCAGGGGUCCCUUUACCCUUUACCUUUUAAUUGCACCAAAAUACAUAGGGACUUAAGGUGAAAUUCAACUAAAUUUUCUCACUACCACAAGGAUUAGUGCUGGAACAAGAGGAUUUUCCCACCCUCUCCUCCCACCAUGGGUGCCUUCCAAAUCUGCCCCAAAGAGUCCGGUGAACCCCCAGAACAGAUAUAGGGGUACAAAGGGAGAGGAGAGAGGUAGAACAUUACAUUGUGCAAGAAACAAAUCCUUGUGCUGACGGAACGUUCACCUUAGCACUAUAUUGAAUUAUAGCCCUUAAUUUAAUCCAGUUCCACUAAAGGCUUGCAUUAUUAGAUCAGAUCAGUACAUCAGGCAAGCUGCAGGUUGAAGGAAUCAGCAAAUACAUGAGAAGUUAAAUGCAUGGCUAAGCAUGAGCUAAGAGGUUGAGCCAACAAGUGGCAUGUCCCUGCAGCUUCCUUUUGAAGAGUGGGGCAGAAACAGCUCCUUGCAUGGCAAGCAGCUGGUGUCCUAAGACUGGGUAAGCAGACAUGCCCUCCUUUCUCUGUGGGGCAUACCAGGAGAGGCGGUCCCGUAGGUACAAGGGUCCUAGGCCGUAUAGGGCUUUAAAGGUUAAAACCAGCACCUUAAACCUGCUCCUGUACUCCACCGGGAGCCAGUGCAGCUGGUAUAGCACCGGGUGAAUGUGAUCUCGCAGCGAAGACCUCGUAAGGAGUCUCGCUGCAGCAUUCUGCACCCGCUGGAGUUUCUAGGUCAGUCUCAAGGGCAGCCCCACGUAGAGCGAGUUACAAUAAUCCAGUCUGGAGGUGACCGUCACGUGGAUCACAGUGGCCUUUCCACAGUCAAUAUCCUAUCCAAAAUAUAGCUGGAAGUGAGUUGGAACAUGGUGGUGCUAUGGGCACAACACUGCAAACGUGAGAUGAUGGGUGCUGCAAACAGCUCUUACUUCCCUUUGACAGCCCUUAAGAUAUUUGAAGAUGGGGUUCCAAUUAACAUUUGCAAAAAAGCCUGAAGCAUUUUUGUUAGGGAUUGUAGGGAAAGACCUGCCAAGGAAAUUGAAAAACAUCUUUAUGUAUGCAACAACAACGGCGGCAAGAGUCUUAAUAGCACAAGGAUGGAAGAAUGAAGAAAUCCCGACCAAAGAACUGUGGCAAGAGAAACUGAUGGACUAUGUGGAAUUGGCGAAGUUGACACAUAAACUAUGUGAUAAGGACAACUGUGACUUUAAAGAAGAAUGGGAACCUUUUACAAAGUACUUAAAGAAACAACAAAAUGAAUUGGACUCCUUGGCAGGUUUUGAAUAAACACUCACAAACUUUUUAUUGGUAACAUAUAGAUAAAUAAAUUAAGGAUCUUUACAAUUUUAUAACAUGCAGAGAAUAACAUGUGCUGAAAAACCAGAGAGAGGAGCUGAGGGAAGUCCGGGGGGGCGCGAGAGGGUGGGUUUUUCUUUUUGGGGGAUGGGGGAGGGAAAAGGGGGAGAAAAAAUGAGGAAGAUGUGUUUUUGAUGAACUGUUAUGUUGAAAUUCCUAAUAAAAAUAUUCCCCCAAAAAAGAUAUUUGAAGAUGGCUAUCAAAUCAUAUCAUAUCGAAGGCUGAUCGCCGAAGAAUGGAUGCUUUUGAAUUAUAGUGCUGGAGGAGACUCUUGAGAGUCCCAUGGACUGCAAGAAGAACAAACCUAUCCAUUCUUAAGGCAAUCAGCCCUGAGUGCUCACUGGAAGGACAGAUCUUGAAGCUGAGACUCCAAUACUUUGGCCACCUCAUGAGAAGAGAAGACUCCCUGGAAAAGACCCUGAUGUUGGGCAAGAUGGAGGGCACAAAGAGAAGGGGACGACAGAGGAUGAGAUGGUUGGAUGGUGUCCUCAAAGCUACCAGCAUGAGUUUGACCAAACUGCGGGAGGCAGUGGAGGACAGGAGUGCCUGGCGUGCUCUGGUCCAUGGGGUCGCGAAGAGUCAGACAUGAGUAAACGACUAAACAACAAUCAUAUCUCCUCUCAGUCUCCUCUUUUCCAGGCUAAACACACUCAGCUCCUUCGAGUGUUCCUCCUAAGGCUUAGUUUCCAGACCCUUGAUCAUUUGGUUGCCUUCCUCUGCACACGUUCUGGAAACAUUUGCAAUUUUUGAAACUAAAUUAUCUGCCUGUCUUUUCUUGCUGCUGUAUAGAAAAGCACGUGAAGCUGACCUUUGAAGAGAUGGUUGAGUAAGCCAUUUAAAACUUACUAAACGUGUGGUGUCUUUCUAGGCUAACAGAAGUGGGUAACUUUGGAAGAAACACAGAAGGGGAUAUUUUAAAGGUCUAGCGCUCUAUAUUUCCAGGCUUGGCUUUGCUGCAUGUUUUCUGAUUUAAAAAUCUCUGCUGGGGUUCUCAAGAGUACUUGCUCCAAACCUGGAUCUAGGCAUCCUUUUAUUCUUUAACCAAACUAUCAAAACCCAACCAGGCAGACAACUGACUUAAGAUAAAAGGCAAAGUUAAGCACUAGCAAAUUGGGCAUUGGAGAAACCUCAGUGUGUCCUGCUUUCUGGAACCCACAAUGGUAGCUUAAUUCAAGGAGCUAGAAAAUGCGUACCACAAACCACUUCAUUUAGGACAGGCAAUGUUCCAACAGUAUCCCAGCUCUCUCGAUUCCAGUGCCAAUUCUCUAUUCUUAUUCCUGUUGUCUCCAUUGCAUUCUCCUAUCCCAUCCAAAUACUUGUCAUUUGAUUUUAUUUCCUCUAUCCUUUGACUAUACUUCCUCAACAAGUCCCAUUUCCAACAAUCGUCCGCUUCCAAUGUAACAUUUUGUACUCACUCACUCACUGAUCGAUUGGCUUUUGUAUCUCCCUUCCCAUCAAAAUGGUCCUGAAGAGCUUUUAGGAGGCUUUUAAAAGGAAUGACACAGGCACCAAAUACACGGAGAUGUCACAAGGGAACAUUUCCCCAUUGGAUUCAUACCUGUGACCUUAGAUUUCAGUCAGGCUCUGCCCUUUGAUACACACCAAAGCAGCUCAAAAUGUAAGUGGUCGAUGGAUGUGGUGGUAUGAUCAGAACAAAUAGUGAACUUACAAAACCAAGGCUGAAGAGGAUUUGUGUAUGUGUUUAAUAAUAAUAAUAAUAAUAAUAAUAAUAAUAAUAAUAAUUUAUUAUUUAUACCCCGCCCAUCUGGCUGGGUUUCCCCAGCCACCCUGGGUGGCUUCCAACAGAAUAUUAAAAUACAAUAACCUAUUAAACAUUAAAAGCUUCCCUAAACAGGGCUGCCUUUAGAUGUCUUCUAAAAGUUUGGUAGUUAUUUUUCUCUUUGACAUCUGGUGGGAGGGCGUUCCACAGGGCGGGUGCCACUACCGAGAAGGCCUUCUGCCUGGUUCCCUUUAACUUGGCUUCUCGCAGCGAGGGAACCACCAGAAGGCCCUUGGUGCUGGACCUCAGUGACCGGGCUGAACAAUGGGGGUGGAGACGCUCCUUCAGAUAUACUGGACCGAGGCCAUUUAGGGCUUUAAAGGUCAGCAUCAACACUUUGAAUUGUGCUCGGAAACGUACUGGGAGCCAAUGUAUGUCUUUCAAGACUGGUGUUAUGGUCUCGGUGGUAACUUUGGAAGAAGUUUAGGACUCCCCCUUCCCUGAUCUGAUUUGGGGCCUAAUCUGGGAUUUCCUGCUGGGAACAGAUGUGUGCAGCCAAAGCACAGUGUGCAGCUAUUUGAAAGUCCUUUUGUAAACUGCCUCUCCUUCUCCCCCACCCACCAUCCCACCGCACCCGACGGUGAGCCUGGGCUGUCUCAAUCCAACUCAACUGAAGCCUGAUUCCACCUGAAUCAGCUCAAUUCUGUUCAGAGCCAGUGUAUAGUGGUUAAGAGCAGUGGACUCAUAAUCUGGUGAACCAGGUUCGCGCCUCCGCUCCUCCACAUGCAGCUGCUGGGUGACCUUGGGCUAGUCAUACAUCUCUGAAGUCUCUCAGCCCCACUCACCUCACAGAGUGUUUGUUGUGGGGGAGGAAGGGAAAGGAGAAUGUUAGCCGCUUUGAGACUCCUUCAGGUAAUGAUAAAGCGGGAUAUCAAAUCCAAACUCCUCCUCUUCUUCUUCUUCUUCUUCUUCUUCUUCUUCUUCUUCUUCUUCUGGUGCACAACCAGUGCUAUUUUUCUAGAAAAAGAGGUGCCUGCACUCACCAUGAACUUCUCCCUUGCUCUCUUAUAAUAGCAAUGGCUGAGAGGUGCCAGAAUUGAUUUCCGGUGAGUUCCAGCUGGAAAAAAACCCCUGUGCACAACCCUAGAUUUAUUUGCCCAAUGCUCUGAACCCUGCUUUCGUUAAAGUUGCAAUCAUGUUAAGUAUCCUGGUGGAGAAAGAGGAAGAAAAGAGAAUGGAGAAUAAUUUGGGGGCUUGAAACACUCCUCUCUUUUGAGGUGGGUUUUUGUGAGCCCCCAAGGCUCUUAUCUGAACUAACAGAAUUUCUCUGGGACCCUACAAUUAGCUAGGUUACUUAAUAUAACACCAUGCUGCUAGAUGGAGCCAUGCGGUAUUCCGAAACACCCUAAAGAAAAAGCAAGCUUUUUAAAAGGUGAGUUGCCGGAGCUCUUCUGCAGCUUCCCAUUAAUCUGCUGCUUGGGUGGGCUUCUGGAGAGGACAUUACGAAAUGGCAAAUAUAUGCGGAAGGACAUAUUGAGGAAUAACCUUGCAGAAGGAAGGGACCUUGCAGUUCUGUGGGAAUUAGCUGCUUGACCAUCUAGUCAAGUCCAAUGCAAUUAAACUGAAGCGAUUUUAGAGAUUUAACUAGUUUUUACUAUAGGGCACUGUAUCUUGAAAGCCGCUUACAGAAUAUUGUAGUUAAGCAGUAUAUAAAUUGCUCAGCCAAACAAACAAACAAGCAAACAAACAAACAAACAGCUAGCUAGCUAGCACAGUUCCUCCUCUAUGCAUGCUGGCUGAACUUGUAUAGCAACCAUAGUGGAGAUGGUCAGGACCACAGUUUCCUGCUCACCUCUAUGCUUCUUUACAUUACGUGCGUAGAAAGGUGCUCUGUACUCACGAAUACCAUUACGUCUUGCAGUUCCACCCCCUCUUCUGUUACUUCCUGUGGAGACGAGGAGACAACCAGAACAAAAUUCCUUUUUGAAAGGUGAUGGGAAAAAGAGCAUUUUAUUUGAGAUGGGAGAUCCCAAAGUGGUGACUUAGCAGGAAAAUGAAUGGGCGUGAUUAAUGAGUUGAAACAUCAUUUGUGCUGUACAAUGGCCCAGCGUGUCCACGCAGUAACACUCCCCCCAAAGGAGCCCUUUAGACAAAUUCACACACUUUGCAGCCUCUGAUGCAGUGAUGCAUUCUGCUGGAACUGGUCACACAGUGGAUUUUUUCAGCCGUGCUGUCAGUGUGCCCGAAAUCUGCGCAGCCUUCCCAGAAUUCAGCGUCCCUAACACGGUCAGCUUGGCCUCUGGCAAGGGUCUACUGUGGAGUAAAAGUCAGAGACUAGCAGUGCAUUGGCUUUGCUCUGAGGCUACUGUUUCAACAACAACAACAGGCUAAAAUAGCAGCUUUGCACAUGGUGUUUGUGCUGCCCCUAUUGGCCCCUUGAGAUAUUUCAGUAAAUGCAAGGAGCGAUGCUAAACUCAAUGGAGGCAGCAGAAAAGUGCCAAGAAUUGGAGAAACUUUUUGUUCUGGUGUGUGUGUGUGUGUAUGUUUUGAAAAAUCUAUUGUAGCUAUUUCUGAUUUUUAAAAAAGCAAAAACAUUUAAAUGGGUUCCUUUAGUUCAGGGAUGACUAAACCGCGGCCCUUCAGAUGCGACUGAACUCCAGCUUCCAUUAGCCCCAUUCAGCAUAGCUGAUGGUCAGAGGAGAUGUGGUCCAUGCUUUUUAACCACCAGCUUAAAACAAUAUAAAGAUGAUCAACGCUGGCUGAAUCAAACCAGAUUCACACCGUUUUAACAGCAGCAGCUGGACCGAUUUGAGGCAAAGGUUUACAGGGACCCAAAAGGCAAGAGGUGGGAGGAAUGGAAGAGGAGAAGAAGCAUGGUGCUGAUAAUGCCCGGGUUGCAGGAUCAAUGCAUAUUCUGCAUUGCAGGGGGUUGGAUUGGACCAGGCUUCUUCAACCUCGGCCCUCCAGAUGUUUCUGGCCUACAACUCCCAUGAUGCCUAGCUAGCAGGACCAGUGGUCAGGGAUGAUGAGAAUUGUAGACUCAAAACAUCUGGAGGGACGAGGUUGAGGAAGCCUGGAUUGGACUCUACAAAAUGAGGAUGCGGGAAUAAUGAGAGGAGAAGUUGGAAGAGGAAGUUCCAGGUUCAAUUUCUGGCACUUUCAGUUUAAAAAGGAAGCAGGUAUCAGGGGCUGGGAGAGACCCUCUCGGCCUGAGACUCUAUUAUCUAGCAGUCAAGAUAAGCAAUACUGAGCUAUAUGAACAAAUCGCCAGACCUGCUAUGAGGCCAGUUUGCAUGUUUCUGUGACAUAUUAAGCCAAUGUUGCUUUUCCAUUAGAUGGAGGUGCCACACAAUCCUAAUACUUUUCUCAUGUUCAAUGCAGUUUAUGAGCAUCAGAAGAUUCCUGCUUCUUCAGGCCAAAUGUCCAGCAUCAGGAUCUCACCAUGGUCAGCCAAAUACCCAUGGGAAGGCCAAAAGCAGAACAGAACUUUCCCUGGUUGUGCCGUCCCAGAAGCUGGUACUCAAGAAGGCUACUUGCAACCUUCUUCCCUGAAUUUGUCUAAUCUUCUUUUAAAGCCAGCCAAGUUGGUGGACAUCACUGUCUCCUGUGGGAGCAGAUUUCAUCAUGUCACACUAUCUGCUGUGUGAAGAAGCAAUUCCACCAUGCAUAAUUUUACACAUCCCUAUCCGGUCUCCUUUUACUUUACUUUCCUCUAAACUAAAAAGCCUCCGAUUGUGGCUACUUUUCCUUAUAGAAGAGAUCUUUAUAGAAGAGAUCCUUAUAGAAGAGAUCUUGAUCUUUCCGAUUGCUCCCUUUUCGAACCUUUCUCAGCUCUACAAUAUGCUUUUCGGGGAGGGGUGAGCAGAUCUCUACACAGUACUCCAGAUGUGGUGGCACCAUAGAAUUUCAUAGUGACGUUAUGAUACCAACAGUUUUAUUUUCAAUUCCUUUUCUGUGCCCCUGAAGGACCAGGUGUGCAGCCUGGGAAUCAUUUUGGACUCACAGCUGUCCAUGAAGGCGCAGGUCAAUUCUGUGUCCAGGACAGCUGUUUACCAGCUCCACCUGGUACACAGGCUGAGACCCUACCUGCCCGCAGACUGUGUCACCAAAGUGGUCUACUUAGAAACUAGAAACUAAUCCAGAAUGUGGCUGCCAGACUGGUGACUGGCAGUAGCCACUGGGACGAUAUAACACCAGUCCUGAAAGACCUACAUUGGCUCCCAGUACAUUUCUGAGCACAAUUCAAAGUGUUGGUGCCGACCUUUAAAGCCCUAAACGACCUCGGCCCAGUAUACCUGAAGGAGCGUCUCCACCCCCAUCGUUCAGCCCAGACACUGAGGUCCAGCUCCGAGGGCCUUCUGGCAGUUCCCUCACCACGAGAAGCGAGGUUACGGGGAACCAGGCAGAGGGCCUUCUUGGUAGUGGCACCAGUCCUGUGGAACGCCCUCCCAUCAUAUGUCAAGGAGAUAAACAACUAUCUGACUUUUAGAAGACAUCUGAAGGAAGCCCUGUUUAGGGAAGUUUUUAAUGUUUGAUGUUUUGUCACUUGAUGAUGAUGAUGGGAGCCACCCAGAGUGGCUGGGGAAACUCAGCCAGAUGGGGGUAUCAAUAAGUUGUUGUUGUUGUUAUUCCUAAUGGUCCAUGCCUUUAUCAAGUUAGCCCCUGUGACCUGUUCCUGGUCUCAUUCCUGGGUAGUUCAGAGGAGCAUAUCUGUGAAAUUACGGGCACAUUUGUUUGACCCAUAUUUUGAUCGUGCUGCGUACCAGUUACCAUUCCCCCACCCGCUGUCCGAGAGCUUCUCUGAGAGAGCUUCUCUUUUGCCUUGCGAAAACCUGACACUACCUGUCGAAUCAGAUCCUAUCAGAUGCAUGGGAUUUUGCCUUGCUGCACUUCAGUUCAAGGGCGCAAGAUUGGACUUUUGCAAGGCACAGCCAGAGAGCAAAAUAGAAAGCCCUUGGGCCUGGGGGAAUUUGCUGGUACAGAAUGUCAUCAAAAUGCAGCUCAAGCGAAAGUGUGGAUGAACCCCAAGAUUCUUUGCUCUGCCAUGCGUCUUGCCUUGACCAUUUUACCUGUUCACAUCUUCUUCGUGCAACUAUCUACUAUCUUCCACAAACUAUGAAUUUGACAAAUUCAUGGAGGAAAGGGCUACCGAAAGCUACUAACCGCAAUGGCUAAGAUCUGCAUCCACAGAUGGAGGCAGCAAUGUUUUUGAAUCUUCUUCUUUGGAGAUCACUCAUAGCCAGGUAAGAUGGUCUUCCAUAAACACAGUCCUAACAGUGAAUCCGUGACUGUGGAGGCUAAUUCUGGAUCCACACGUCCUUCCGCAGUGGGGACAUUGGUUUCCGGGUGGGAGUUGAUCCUGGAUGCUUAACUACAGGUAGAUGGGCUAUGGACUUGAUCCAAAGUGUACGUCUACUUAAGGAUUAACAGCAACCAAUAGUCUCUAAUAAUAAUAGACUCCAUCUUUCCAAGAAUGGACAUAGAAGAAACCACAACAUCCUCUGGCAUUUGUAGCCCCAGCAGGAUGUGGUAGAACAGUGCCUUGCCAACAGAACCUGCUCAAAAUAGUUAAUGUUGCCAACCCUAGGAGAAACUAGAUCAACAUAUGCACAAUUCAUGAUAUGCAUACACUUAAAGCUACUUCAAAAGGAGCAUCUGCACCGCCAUCAUUCUGUCCAGACACUGAGGUCCAGCGCCGAGGGCCUUCUGGUGGUUCCCUUGCUGCGAGAAGCCAAGUUACAGGGAACCAGGCAGAGGGCCUUCUCAGUAAUGGGACCUGCCCUGUGGAACGCCCUCCCACUGGAUGUCAAAGAGAAAAACUACCAGACCUUUAGAAGACAUCUGAAGGCAGCCCUGUUUAGGGAAGCUUUUAAUGUUUAAUAGGUUAUUGUAUUUUAAUGUUCUGUUGGAAGCCGCCCAGAGUGGCUGGGGAAACCCAGCCAGGGUAUAAAAUUAUUAUUAUUAUUAUUAUUAUUAUUAUUAUUAUUAUCUGAAGUUCUUAAAUAUUAAAUAUGCUAGCCUAUAUGCUAACAACUAUCUUUUUCCAUUAAAAAAAAAAAAGGCAAUUGAAAUCCCCUCUCCUGGUUAGUGCUUGCCAGCUCCAACCCCAAAAGGGACUUGGACAAGUGAAUUAACCAGCCAGGAUUGCUCAGUCGGCAGAGCAUGAGACUCUUAAUCUGAAGGUCGUGGGUUCAAGCCCCACUUGGGAUGAAAGAUUCCUGCAUUGCAGGGGGAUGGACUAGAUGACUCUCUGGUGCCUACAGUUCUAUAAUUCCCUGGUUAAGUGUGCAUGGAUUGCUGCCUGAGCUGGGAGAGCCUCGCAGGUAGAAACUUUUCCUUUUUUCACCCAGCCCCGCUGACAUGCAAGGGGGGCUCCCUUCCCAGUCCAUGCGCCUCGGGUCCGACAGCCUUCUGGAAUUGCCACGGAUGGGAAACAAGAGAGUCGAGCGGGAGCGACGGCGGUGAGACAGGCGAGCAGAGGGUGGGCGAGAUGCGAUCCUGGGAGGCGCGUUGGAGGAGGGGAGGCUGGCCGGAGAAGGAAUGUAGACGGAGCGCAGCAGGGAGCAGAAAGGGCUGGGAUGGGGUGUGUGAAACAGGACAUGGAGCGGGGGCGACCUCGCGAGGGAGGAGCCCGAGGAGGGGGCGGGCGGCGGCAGCAGCAGCUUCAGCAUCUCCUCGCAGGCUGCCGGGGAAGUUGGCCGCGCUUGCACGGGACGGCGGGCUCUCCAACAGCGCAGCGCCCGUGGGAUCAAUUGGAUCCACGCUCUGCCCAACAGCCGGGAAGGGGGAAAGGGGACGAUCGGCCGGAAAGAGCGCCGGACUCCGGGUAUAUAAGGCGCUCCGAACGUCCCAGGAUGUGGCGCGCCGGGCAGGGAGCCGCGUCGGAGCGAGGUGAGCGGAGGCGCGCGGGAUGGAACGCCGGGAGACUCCGCGAAGUUUGGGGUGCCGUUUACACGGCAGCGGUCUGUAAUCCGAAUUAGUGUGACCCGCUUGGGGAUGGAACGCCAGGGGACUCUCGGCUGACGCUUGGGGUGCCGUUUACACGUCAGUGUUCUGUCAUCCGAAUUAGUGCGAACCGGUUGGGGAUCGGGAUUUUUUUUGGGGGGGGGAAUCGUGAGUACUAGGGAUCUAGAGGGGGGGAAUGGUUAGCUCAGCAUUGCGCUCCUGCGAUGUGGCAAGGACUGGCCAUCCUUUUCCCGCAGCGCGGUUUGUAUUACCAUUUUGCCUCAGGAGUCUGUAAAAGUUUGCAGCGCUUCCCGGAGGAGAGGAGAUGCCUCUGGAUUCCCACCAUCGUCAACUGCUGGGAGACUUAACUGGCGGUGGUGGUGCGUUGAUGAUACUGUAGUUAUAAUAAUAAACUGCAAAGGGAGAGAAAGCAGGGGCCUCAUCUAAAACUUUUCCUCACCUGCUUUCUGCUGCUUCUGCUCAGUUUGUUCAUUUGACUCGUAAAUGUUGAGUUGCAUAUGCGCGCGCGUGUGUCUCUUUGGCCGCAGAGCUGUUUGUCUUGGAAGACUUCGCCGCUGAAAGCAAAGGGGAUGGUGACUGAUGGAUCUCCAAAUUACUUGGGAUGCUGAAGAAUCGCGCUGUUAAAAAGGGUGGGGAAAGAACUGGCUUCCUGCAAAGUUCUUGCCCGACGAGGUUUGCCCAGAGCUUUUGUGUGUUGGGAUGUCGAACCACAACGAGAAGCAAAAGUAGCACCCAGUUUGGUAGAGCACGAGACUCUAAAUCUCAGGGUUGUGGAUUUGAGCCCCAUGUUGGGCAAAAUAUUCCUGCAUUGAAGGAGCGUUGACUAGAUGACCCGUGUCUCUUUCAACUCUAUGAUUCUAUGAUUAUUACUCACUCCUAAAGGGUAUAUGAGUGCCACUUGGUGGCUGUGGCCACCCCUAGCUAUUCUUGAUGGUCUUUUUUUGUACAUGUUGCUGGCUCAACAUGCAUUUGUGUACACAACCCUGGUCUCCAUCCUGAGGUUUGGGUUGGCAGAGAUCAGUGCCCUCACCAUAUGGCUUGGGGAUUAGACAUGUAGGUGAACUGAUCAUGGGGCUGGCUUUUGGGGAAACAUAGCAGCAAGGAAGACAGAACAUGAGAUGAAAAGGCUCUCAUCGAUUAUUUACACUGUGGGAUCAUUUAAACCAGAGCUUUCCAAACUGUGUGUCGGCUGCAGUGUGUAGGUGUGUCGUAAGAAAGCUCCCUGUGCUCCUCCCGGGGCUGGAAAGGGGUUAGUUUAACCUCAGGUUUGCUAGUAAAACUGAAUUACUGUGUUGCAAAAUUAUGCAUGUCUAGGAAAAGUGUGUCACCGACAUGAAAAGUUUGGAAAGCUCUGAUUUAAACUGUGAUUGGCUGUGAUUCCUGCAUCAUAGGUGACCCAUUGAGUCCCUUCCAACUCUACAAUUCUUAUUAUUAUUACAAUUCUGUGAUUCUAUAAUUCUACGAAACAGCCACACCCCACUUGUCCAGAGGACCAUUGUGUAUGUUACAGGAAGUGCCCCAAAGCCUGACUCUCUUUUGCACUUCCAGGUUAAUGUCAACCAGUAAAUCAACCAGGAAAAGGUCAGUUCACGAUUACUUCCGUGUGUUAACAAAAUAGUAAUAAGAAAUGGCCCUGAUAAUAAGAGACAGUUGGGAGUGAGGAAUCUGAACCAGAGGAGAAGAAUAAAGCAAUUUCUAGAGGUUCAGACUAGCCAAGAUUUCCAAAGUAAGAGCUCGUGGUAGAACUGUGGCAUCUGAAAUUGAGAACACCCAUUAUGGUCUCUGGGAGUGUAAAGUAUGGAAAUAAAGGCUGCCCAUUACAUGUUAUGGGAUUGUGGUGUUUUAGAGUAUGAGACGGUCUCCUUAAAUAAGGGGUGUCCUUUCAAAUUAGUGUUCUAUCUUAUUUUAGCUAUGGCUCGGGAACUAGAGCUAGAUGAAAGGAUCUGAGCUCUCUGUUGCCAAUGUCCACAAAUGUGCCAAACACCACCCCAAAGUACUUAGGCUACAGACAUGAUGGGCCCUUCUGUUUGUUAUGCAGCCUCCUGCGUUUUAAAUUUCUCCGCAGUUCACAUGAUUGUUGUAGAGGAAAGGGAGCACUGCACUCAACCAUCUCCCUCCCCCAGUUGCAUUUUGGUAGGGGUUCCCUUUGGCUGGGCCCUAAAACCUGCAAAGUAUAGUGGUUCACCAAGUCUUGCUAAUCACUCAAUAUUGAUUCAAAUUACCAGUGCGUGCAAGACACAUUCACAGUCACAAAACCCAGCUGUGAUGUGAAAGCUGAAUGUAUCAAGCUACGUUUCCAUGUUCCCAACUGCCCACCCAUUCAUCCUAGUAUUAUCCCAGUACAGGAAUUGAUUGGUGUGGUUUAACUCUCAAACCUUCUGUAAUUUUAUGGCUUUCUGGAGAUCCUCUGAAAAGUAAUGUUGGGUUCUUGGAGAUGCAAAAAGAUUGAGGGAACGUUCUUUCAUAUGUGGUGUAAAGAGUACUGGGAAAUGAUAUAUAAUGAAUCAAAAAAAAUGUUUAAAAGUACCUUUCCAAAAAAAGAGUCCUUUUUGUUGGGGAUAAUUCAGAGGGAAAUUCCCAGGCGUCAAAAAAGACUAUUUAUGUAUGCUACUACUGCGGCCCAAAAAUGGAAAACGAGCGAGGUCCCAACCAAAGAAGAGUGGCAGCUUAAGUUGACAGAAUAUGCACAACUUGCAGACCUAACAUAUAGAAUAAGAGAACAAGAAAAACAUAUGUUUAGAGUAGAUUGGAAAACGUUUAUUGAAUAUAUGGGAAAUAAUUGUGUACAGCUAAAAACACUGGCAGCAUUAAGAUAAAUUCAGCAAUGUAAAUAAGUUAUGAUGUAUGUAAUAAUGGGAUACUGAAUGGUAUAGGGAUUUAUAAUAUGUAAAAUGAACCAUGGAAAGAGAAGAAGGGAAGUCAUUGAUAGCUUAAGGAUGUAUAAAUUAGUGCUUUAAAUUGUAAAACAGAAAAUUGAAUAAAAAUUAUAUAUAUAAAAACUAAUGUUGGGUUCCCUGAGAAUGUUGUGUUCAGUAAGGGGUGGGGAGACUGUGGCACUCCAAAUUGUUGCCUACACCUCCCAUCAUCCCUGACCACUGGCCAUGCUAGCCAUACUGGUUGGGGCUUAUGGGGCUGCAGUGUAACAACAUCUGCAGGACCACAGCUUCCUGUUAUGUUCAUAACCCACACAUGUUCCUUCUCCAUCAUGCCUACUCAUGGGAACUAAUUAAAUAAAACAAAGGGGGACUUCAGGGUCCCCCAGUACUCGUGGGAUCAGAGGUGUAAGCCACCUCCAAGAAUACAAUGGCUAGCCUCACCCAUUAGAUGCCAACCAAAGGGUAUUUAAGGAGAUAACAGAAAUCACUGGGUUAAAGCUGACCGAAAGUCCAGAGGUAGCAUUAUUAUCAAUUUACGAUGGGGUGGAAGGUUCGCAGGCUAUGAAGGACUUGCUCACAAAUUUAUUGACAGCUGCACAAAUUAUUAUAGCCAGGAAGUGGAAGGGGCAAGCAGAAUAUAAAAUGGAAGAAUGGUAUAAAGAGGUGUGGGAUAUAGCUAUUAAUGAUAAAUUAGCAUGUGCCAUUAAGGCAAGACGGGGAAUACGCAGGAGAAAUGAUUUUGAGGAGAUAUGGAGGGUGUUUGUAGAAUUUGUACUGUUAAAAAGGAAAGGGGUCAAACUAUUGCAAGAGGUGGUGUAAUUUUGGGAGGUUGGAUAGUUACAAUGGAAUGGUCUCGGUGGUGGGGUGCACAUUUUUAUUCUUAUUUAUUUAUGAUUAUUACUUUGUCGAAAAAGGGAAGCGGGUGGCACUGUGGGUUAAACCACAGAGCCUAUGACUUGCCAAUCAGAAGGUUGGCGGUUCAAAUUCCCACGACGGGGUGAGCUCCCAUUGCUCGGUCCCUGCUCCUGCCCACCUAGCACUUCAAAAGCACAUCUAAGUGCAAGUAGAUAAAUAGGUACCACUCUGGAGGGAAGGUAAAGGGCGUUUCCGUGCACUGCUCAGGUUCACCAGAAGCGGCUUAGUCAUGCUGGCCACAUGACCUGGAAGCUGUACGCCAGCUCCCUCGGCCAAUAAAGCGAGAUGAGCGCCUCAACCCCAGAGUCGUCCAGAUAAAUAAAGAAAAAGAUGCCAACCAAACAUUGACCAGUGGGUGAUCAGUUCUCAGCUUGAGAGCAGUGGGAGGGCUAUUGUGUGUCCUCUUUUUCAUGGGUAGAGUCGUCAUAGUGAUCCAUAGUUAAAAGCAGAAGUUGGCAAAUGUGUCCUCUUGUUUUGCUCUUCAAAAUAUGGCAACCUUAGAUGUGCAUGCCUGGGGUUCCUCCAUGGGGAAGGAUCCUUGGAUAGAUGAGGGUUCACAUCCCUAGGAAAGGAGCCUUACUUGCAUACAUAAGAGCCAACGCUUAGGGACCAAGGUCCCUUUGCUGACCCCCUCCAAUAAAAUAUUUGUGGGGGCAGGGACCCCAAAGUUGAUGGACAUUGCCAUUUUAAUGGUGGGCAGGCCCGGGCCCAGUCGCUGCAGUGGCACUGGAGAGCCAGAGGUAAGGUGGGCAGUGGCAGGGUGCGGCAUGUGGUGGCAGUGGCAGGGGGUGGAGGAUGAGCGGCCACAGCAAAAUUUUUGAGGUUCCCUGGAGUUGGUGCCACUGCUUCAAAUGGACACCAGUUAUGCAUUGGCCUGUCAGAGUCAUCAUAUCUAUCAUCGUCUAAGGCACAGCUUCCCAAACUUUGCAUGUUGGUGACACACUUCUUAGACAUGCUGUCAGGCGUCAGAGGAUCCCCACACCCCUGGCAGGUUGCCAGGAACGAAUAAGACAAGGGAAGUUCUUACCAAUGCUUUUUUAUUCAACAUUCACAGAGAGAGGCUUGGAAAUGCAGCCGCUUGGAGUAAUGACGUCUCCACCCCCUCCCUCUCUCCCUUCAUGCGUCAUCACUAUGGAUGCUGAGGUGUGUCCUCUGCCUUUGAGCUCUUUGCUCUCCUACUUUCAAGGCUUGCCGUGUUCUGGGAGAGGGGGGUCUGGAAUGCUUUCUAAAGACACUGAAGAGUUUGGAUUUGAUAUCCCGCUUUAUCACUACCCUAAGGAGUCUCAAAGUGGCUAACAAUCUUCUUUCCCUUCCUCCCCCACAACAAACACUCUGUGAAGUGAGUGAGGUUGAGAGACUUCAGAGAAGUGUGACUAGCCCAAGGUCACCCAGCAGCUGCAUGUGGAGGAGUGGGGAAGCGAACCCAGUUCACCAGAUUAAGAGUCCACCGCUCUUAACCACUACACCACGCUGGCACUGAGUCCAUCAGCUGUCUCUCCUCCUCCUCCUCCUCUUCUUCUUCUUCUUCUUCUUCUUCUUCUUCUUCUUCUUCUUCUUCUUCUUCUUCUUCUUCUUCUUCUUCCCUGGUGCUUCUUCUUCUUCUUCCUCCCCCCUCCCCCUCCCCCCAUUAUUUCCCAGCUUUCCCCCUCAUCUGCCUCUGAGCUGUGACCUCCCUCAAACCCCUGUUGUAAUUCUGAACUGUCUCCUUCUUCUCUAGAAGAGUCAGGCUGGGGAGGCAGUCUUCCCCAUCCCUCCUCUGCCCAGUCCCUGACACAUGCAUAAUUUUGCAACACAGUAAUUCAGUUUUACCAGCAAACCAGAGGUUAAACUAACCCCUUUGCAGUCCUGGAAGGAGUGGGGGGAGGGCUCGCACGACACACCUACACACUGCAACCGACACACUAAUGUGUCAUGACACACAGUUUGGAAAGCUCAGACUGUCUGAAUUUUGUGGCAGGGAUUCAAGUGCAUACUGGAACUUUCAGUUUGCGUAUUUUAAAGUGGAUUAAAGGGCUCUGUCACCCUAGCGCAAACAACCCUCCCCCCACCCCCACAAAAAAAGCCCCAGACUUUCUGAGGUUUGGAAAGUGAUGGAGAUACGCAUUGAAAAGUGUAGGGCGAACAAGUAAGGAAGCAGGAAGACAUGCAAGGAGCCUGCAAGCAAAGCACAGUGGAUGCAGGAUGGAUGUCCGUUGUCAUAUAACCGUUCCGCAAACAGAUCAGAACGGAUGCUCCACAGGAACUGGGUAUAAUCUAGCAUCCAUGUAAGCUUAAUGCAACAAAUCUGGAAGGGGCCUGAGUCUUCAAUGGAAAUGCAUUACUUUUAUGGGUAUUGCAGUGGAUUCCUGCCGGCUAGAGGAGUUGCCCUGGCAACAGCAGCAAACCACUUCCUCACCACAAACUCUGUUCAUUAUUUUGGUUUACCACACAGUUCUAUCUAGACUCACCAGCAGGUGUCCGACAGCUAACAAAUAAGCAUACUCUACUGAGACUGCCCAAAAUUCAGUUCUGGAAUACCACAGAUGGUGCUGUGUGCUGCUGCUGAUGUUUGUCCUCUUUCUAGCUUCACUGGAAAUACUUAAGACAUCGAAUGAUGUUGUGUUUUGGCCUAACUGAACCAUAGCCAUUAUACUUUUGAAAUUAUGUGAGGAAUUAAAGUCUUCCAAACAUCGGUAGCCAUUUUAUUUUAGCUAUGGCUCAGCUUUAUUCACCACCAAUUCUCUUUCUUCCUCUUGCUAAGGGGCUAGUUCCUGGGACAUUUCUUUUCAACAUAAGCUCAGGUUUUUCUUUUCAAUGUAAUUUUUAUCAUCAGUCUGUUAUCUUAUGUGCCAUGGUAAAAAUUCCCAGGCUCCUAUAAAUCAGAUAACUUGAAAGGUAGGGUUGUUGGUAUCACUUCCUGGGAUUUUAGAUUUAUCUCUCGACAUAACAAGAGCUAGAGGGCAAUUCAAGAAAUAAGAAUGACUUCAGGCUGUAAGAUAAAGGAUUGCCUGCACAUUGAUCGACUUCUAAGGAGGUCUGGCUAAACAGUUGUGGACCUCAGAACUGUUCUAGAUUAAUCCACUGAGAGCUUUAUGAAUAUAAGGUAUAGCUGUCAUGCUUUGUUCUGAAAAGACCUUUGGACGUCUAGGUCACUUUGGACGUCUAGGUCACUGCAACCAUCAGAGUGAGACCUACCAUUAGGUAAAAUGAAGCCAUCACCUCUAGGAGCUGAUUCUGAGGACACAUCUGCUUUGUUUGUUUGUUUGUUUGUUUUCCCCCAUAAAAGAUAUACACCACUUGAUUGUUUUUUUAAAAAACACACACCUCCAAAAUAGCUUACAUUUAAAGUACAGUGGUACCUCGGGUUAAGUACUUAAUUUGUUCCGGAGGUCUGUUCUUAACCUGAAACUGUUCUUAACCUGAAGCACCACUUUAGCUAAUGGGGCCUCCCUCUGCUGCUGCAGUGCCGCCAUCACACGAUUUCUGUUCUCAUCCUGAAGCAAAGUUCUUAACCCAAGGUACUAUUUCUGGGUUAGAGGAGUCUGUAACCUGAAGCGUAUGUAACCUGAAGCGUAUGUAACCUGAGGUACCACUGUACUCUUUUAUCACUUUAAUCAGUCAUAACUUUCCCCCAAAGAAUCCUGGGAUCUGUAGUUUGUAAAUGGCACUGAAAGUUGUUAGAGAGACCCCUGUUCCCCUCACAGAACUACAACCCCCAGAGUCCCCCAGGAAGAGAGAUUUAUUGCUAAGCCACUCUGAACUGUAGAUUUGUGAGGGGAACAGGGGUCUUUAAACAAAUCUAAGCACCUUUUUAAAAACUACAAUUUGCAUAAUUCUUUGUGGGGAGCCAAUACUGAGUGUCAUGAAAGGGCAACUAAUUGUUGGCUACUUAAUUUAUUCCCAUGUUAUUUUUUUUACUGCAAGGGACAGUGAUUUUUCUGUCUCAGGUGAUAAAGUAGCUUUGGAUAAUAUCUGACUUGACUUUUGGACCUGGAUUUGCAGCUCCCUCUCAGGGCUGGUCCCAGCAGCCAGGCACACCUUGGGAACUGGCCAGCGAUUAGAAAGAAGCCUGAAGAGAAUGAAAAGGAAGGACUUAUGACUUACGUUAGCUUGGCUAAAACCACAAUUGAAAUCAGCUGAUAACAUUAUAUUCUAAAAGAAUGACAAAAUCACAUUUCAUAGAAGCCAAGACAAAUAGCGGUCGGCUUAAAAGAUGCAUGCAUUUUCUAAGAAACGGCAUUUUGUGAGCUACAGUACUCCAGAUUGCAUUUGCAGUCACAAAGCUAUGCAGAGCGGACACACAGAGAGCAUAAAUUUAUAGCCAAAGCCCAAGUCCUGUCCUAGACAUUGAUGCCACUGAUGGGAACUUGACAGAUUAUACACAAUAACUCACCACUGAAGAACUCUUACAUAAAAUAUAUACGAUGUUUGCUUUUUCACUUUAGAUGUGCUUGCUUUUCUCUGGUCUGAAGAUUUCUGCUUAUGGCCACCCACACACAAAAAGAGGAAAGCUGAAAUAACGUUCCGUGUGUCUUUUAUUUGUUUAAGUUUCUGUGUUGCUGUGUGGAGUAUUAUAGCAUCGGAGAGAUGUGAGACUUGCUCCUCUUGGGUUCAGCUGACAAAGAACCAGCUUAUCAAUGGGACUGUAUAAUUUAGCAUGACUCUGGCGAAUGGUCAUUCUGUCAUGGGACUGCACAGUUAAUAUUUUGUACAUGAGUAACUUUUAUUAUUUAUUCCAUUUUUUAUCUCACUUUUCCUUCUAAAUGCUCUUGGUUUGCAUCAGCUGUGUGUGGGGAGGGCAAAUAACGGGGUAGAUCAAGGUGAUUCAGGGAUCUUUCCCUCAUUCUGAGUCAAAGUGUGAUGUUAAUAACCCCCUCCCCAAGUUGGACAAGGGUCCUGCAAUGCUUUGUGUCACUGCAUUUUGUACCUUAUAGCUUUAUAUUUUCCUACAUCUAUGUGUUUCUAUAGGGCAAUGACCUCUGCAAAAUAUUGCCUGAUUUACAGUGGUAAAGUAAAGGUAAAGGGACCCCUGACCAAUAGGUCCACUUGUGGUCGACUCUGGGGUUGCGGCGCUAAUCUCGCUUUAUUGGCCGAGGGAGUCGGCAUACAGCUUCCGGAUCAUGUGGCCAGCAUGACUAAGCCGCUUCUGGCAAACCAGAGCAGCACACGGAAACACCAUUUACCUUCCCGUCGGAGUGGUACCUAUUUAUCUACUUGCACUUUGACGUGCUUUCGAACUGCUAGUUUGGCAGGGGCAGGGACCGAGCAGCGGGAGCUCACCCCAUCGCUGGGAUUCGAACCGCCAACCUUCUGAUCGGCAAGUCCUAGGCUCUGUGGUUUAACCCACAGCGCCACCUGCAUUAUAGGAGUGCUUCAGAUGUACAUUGUGGGUGUGAUUCAAGAGACAAUCCCAAGAGACAAUCCCUUGCUCUCCCCCCCCCACAAGGGAUUUUCCUUCUUCCACAAAAAGCCCUUGGACCUAUUUGUCUACAAUUUGUCAGUCUCUGGAGGAGCACCUGUGCCUUAAAAUUUCACCCGCUUUGGCCAAAUAAGGAAAAUGACUUCAUAGGGUGGCUGUGGAGAGAAAAUGAGGAUUGGAGAAAUUAUGUAUACACAGAUCUCAAGAUUCAACCUGUAUCCGUACAUAAGUAGGUUAGGCUGAGAGACACAGUCUCACAGUCAUCCAGUGAGCUUUAGAAAUCUCCUUAUCUGACCCCAACCCGCUGUUCACUACAUCACACUAAAUCUCCAUUGCUUAUUCAUUCUUGAGCCCCUGCAUCAUUUUUUUUUGACAGAACAACAAGGUGGCCAAAAUUCUUCUCAACAAAAUAAUAGACCAGCUGACAGAAGCAUUAUUUUUGGUGGUAUAUGUAGCAAUUCUUAUAUUACUGUGACUUUAUAAAAGAAUCCUCUACAUCUAAUAUUUCUGCAGUGUGUUCCCAAUGGAUGUUGAUUAUUUCCUUUUCUAUGGUGAAAAGGUUUUAUCAAUGAUCACAGAGCAUUCCCUUGUUGCAGGACUCCAACUCCCAUCAGCCCCUGCCAGCAUGGCCAAUGGUCAGGAAUUAUGGGAGCUGUAGCCCAGUAACAUAUGGAGGGCCACAGGUUCCCCACUCUGGUUUAAAGGCUAAACAUGCAAAGCUGGUCAGUGUGAGAUCGGUACCCACUGAAUUGAAGCCAUGAGAACAGAUGCUAAUUCCAUGGAUAAAAAUGCCUGGGAUUUGCCCUGCCUGUCCGGUUGCCAGUCUUUAAACAUUACAGGAAUGCCAUGAGAAAUAUGCCUUCCUUUUGGGUUCCAGGAAAGUUUAAAUGUGACAAACAGAGUUCGGAAGAAUGAGAAGUUUGGUUCUUGAUAGCUUGGCCACAAGGGGACAGAUUUAACUUCUAUAUAAGUAAGUGGCUUUCUUCCCCACCCCCUAUAAGGGAAGGACAGAGCUCUGUUGUGGGGACAACUACAGUUGAAAUAAGACAUGCCUCUGGCACUGUUACUAUGGCAGAAACUCCAUGGAAGAGGGAGGAGUGCCAUACUCCCAUCUCUGAAGCCAACUUCAAGGCUGCAGCAAUACCAAGGAUGAGCAAUACAGUGAUACCUCGGGUUAAGUACUUAAUUCGUUCUGAAGGUCCGUUCUUAACCUGAAACUGUUCUUAACCUGAGGUACCACUUUAGCUAAUGGGGCCUCCCGCCGCUGCUGCUGCGCGAUUUGUGUUCUCAUCCUGAAGCAAAGUUCUUAACCUGAGGUACUAUUUCUGGGUUAGCGGAGUCUGUAACCUGAAGCGUAUGUAACCCGAGGUACCACUGUACAUUUCUGAGGCAUACCUUAUCCCAGACAGAAUACCAAAUUCAGUGCAGGAGGCGGGAAGGAUGAACGGAUGCAAUGCACACCACUAACUCUUUCCCUGCUCUCAUUCUGAAUGCAGCUUCCGAAUUGGAAUAGACAAGCAUUCCUCACAUACCCUUCAUGGCCCAGAGGCCAUGUUUGGUUUUAGGGAACAGACUGAAUGGACGGAUUUGAGAAAUAGUUCAUGAAGAUAUUUAUAGGCAAUGCUGGUUUGAAUUUAUAUGGUUUUUAAUCUGCUGGGAGCCGCCCAGAGUGGCUGGGGAAACCUAGCCGGAUGUGCAGGGUAUGCAUAUUAAAUCAUCAUCAUCAUCAUCAUUAUCAUCGUUAUCAUUGUUGUUAUUAUAUCACAGACACACCAAGUGAUUAUAAACUGUGUCAAAAUAAGGUUUCCUUUAGAUGUUAUAACAUAUUAUUGAAUACAAAUCUUUUUACUUGCAAUUUAACCGCUUUGCUCCCAUUUUUUCCGCUAGAGAGAAAGGACAGGGCUUUUGUGAAAGGCAGAGGAAAUCAUUCCACAUUGCAUUCAUUAGCUUAGGUUUUACCAAAGAGGAUUGAGUUUGAAUCCAGUUGUGCAUGUUGGAAAAUAGCCCUCCCUGUUGUUGUUUUAUUGAUGCAGGAUUGUAUCCAACAAAGUUGUCCCAUUAGUGCAAAGUCUUCUGCCGGUGCAACAAGACUUCCUCUACUUCUCUGUCUCUGAGGGACCAUCCCCGCUGCCUGAUCUGUUCUGGAAGUUAGGGGAAACUCCAGAACAGAUUUGGGGGGGGGAGGGGCGCCAGGAGGAGAGAAGAGGAAAUCUCACUGUACAGACAGAAGUCCUUGCACUAAUGAGAUGACUUCAUUGGAUACAACCCAUGACUUUUCUUGCACCAUUUUCUUUUGCGCUGUUGACAUUUUAUCGUUUGCUAACCCACCACCUUAGGGACGUGGGUGGCGCUGUGGGUAAAACCUCAGCGCCUAGGACUUGCCGAUCGCAUGGUCGGCGGUUCGAAUCCCCGCGGCGGGGUGAGCUCCUGUCGUUCGGUCCCAGCUCCUGCCCACCUAGCAGUUCGAAAGCACCCUUAAGUGCAAGUAGAUAAAUAGGUACCGCUUUAUAGCGGGAAUGUAAACGGUGUUCCGUGUGCUGCUCUGGUGCCGGUUCACCAGAGCAGCUUCGUCACGCUGGCCACGUGACCCGGAAGUGUCUGCGGACAGCGCUGGCUCCCGGCCUCUAGAGUGAGAUGAGCGCACAACCCUAGAGUCUGUCAAGACUGGCCCGUACGGGCAGGGGUACCUUUACCUUUACCUUAACCCACCACCUUGGCAAUUUUUUGAAAGAGGCGGCGUACAAAUAAUAUAAAUAAAUAGGCAUUCUCCCUCGUUUUGUUUAAAUGUGAUUUUGAAGAGAUUUGGAAAGUGAAGUUAUUGGUCUAUUUAACGUAAGACUUUGAUGGAAGAAAUUCAAAGAUUAUUUAGUUAAAUAUGUUAAGAUAAUUUACCGUAUUUUUCACUCUAUAAGACGCAUCAGACCACAAGACGCACCUAUUUUUUGGAGGAGGAAAACAAGAAAAAAAAUAUUCUGAAUCUCAGAAGCCAGAACAGCAAGAGGGAUCACUGCGCAGUGAAAGCAGCAAUCCCUCUUGCUGUUCUAGCUUCUGGGAUAGCUGUGCAGCCUGCAUUCGCUCCAUAAGAUGCACACACAUUUCCCCUUACUUUUUAGGAGGGAAAAAGUGAGUCUUAUAGAGCAAAAAAUACAGUAAAUAGAAUUACUUGCGAGUAUCAGAUUGGCCUAGGAUUUAAAUAUGUGAUGUUGUAGAAUACUAUGGAUAAAAGUUAAAAUGAAAAGAAAGAAAGAUGUUAAUGGACCAAGUAAAUUUUAUGUGAAAUCAGUUUUGGAAAACUGCUACAAUGAUUUAUAUGGAAACUCAGCCAGGGGGAUUCGAGGAAGUCACCCAACAAUGAUAACAAAAGUGGAAUUUCUACAGUCAGGAUAUAUGUUUGUUUGUUUGUUGAUGUUUUCUUUUUAUGUUUGUGGAUAUGUUUGUUAUAAAUUUGGAAAACUAAUAAAAAAAAAUUGGGGGGGAAAAGACUUUGUUGUUGCUUGUGACGAAGCUAGGGAUAAAAGUUGUGCGGCUGCCACCAGAAUAGGAGCCCAUUCUCUUCCAUAAAGAGAGACAUUUGUCCAGAUCAUCAUACUGUGUAUCUCUCCCCUACCCUGUUGCACAUUAUUUGCUGAUGACGAUGGUUUGAAAAAAUGGUGAAAUUGGGGGAGCAGCUCAGUGGUCUUACUUGUUAUUAAAUUUGGAGGGUGGAGAUAGAGAAAAACUUGGCAGAAGAUGGUAGCCCCAAGCAUCUGGGAGCUUCUAGAUCUGCCCUGCCGAUCUCAUUAGCUAAACAUCUGCAAGAGCCCACAUAUCUGUUCUCUACUGCAUUUUGUCAGAAAGUAUGAGCUUGCUGUUUUUAAUAUGAAGUCAGGUGAUUUAAUAUGUUGUCAUUUGUUGCUGUUUUAAAGGUUUCGGUGGAAGCACGGCAGGCUGCUGACAUGCGACCAGUACGGAAGCUGACCUUUUCGAAGACGUCUUCUAAGAGGUGUGAUGCGGGCUCCCCCUUGUGGGAAUUAAUUGGAUCAAAACUUCCCUGAUUUCAAAAGCGAAUCAGUCCAAAGCUGAGCCAUGGAUAUGGUGAGCACACAACCGUCUGUCCAAGAAUUUGAAGGGAUGGACCCUCUGAUCCGCCGCCAUUACAACUUCACGGGGAAGCUCAUCCGAGGAAAAGAAAAAAGCCUGACGACCAUUAUCCUUCUAAUCGUCUGCAGCUUCAUCAUCCUGGAGAACCUGAUGGUGCUGAUCGCCAUCUGGAAAAACAACAAGUUUCACAACCGCAUGUAUUUUUUCAUUGGCAACCUGGCCCUCUGUGAUCUGCUGGCUGGGAUAGUUUACAAAGUAAACAUCUUGAUGUCAGGAAACAAGACCCUGUCCUUGUCUGCCCAGAUUUGGUUUAUUCGAGAAGGCAGCAUGUUUGUGGCUCUGGGAGCUUCCACAUUCAGCUUAUUAGCGAUCGCCAUCGAGAGGCAUUUGACAAUGAUCAAAAUGAGGCCAUACGAUGCCAAUAAGAAGUACAGGGUCUUUUUGCUCAUCGGAACGUGCUGGCUUAUCUCAGUUUCCCUGGGCGCCUUGCCAAUCCUUGGCUGGAAUUGUGUUGCGGACUUAGCUGACUGUUCCACCAUUUUGCCGCUCUAUUCCAAAAGGUACGUGGCCUUUUGCAUCACCAUCUUUAUAGCAAUCUUGGUGGCCAUUGUCCUCCUCUACGCCCGGAUCUACAUCUUGGUGAAGUCCAGCAGCCGCAACGUCACCAACCACAACAACUCGGAGAGGUCCAUGGCAUUGCUUCGGACAGUUGUGAUUGUGGUCGGGGUCUUCAUCGCUUGCUGGUUGCCGCUGUUUAUCUUGUUGCUGGUCGACGUGGCCUGCAAAGUGAAAGAAUGCCCCAUUUUGUACGAGGUGCACGGGUUCAUUGCCUUGGCGGUCCUCAAUUCAGCCAUGAACCCCGUCAUCUACACCCUGGCAAGCAAAGAAAUGCGCCGGGCUUUCUUCCGCCUCGUCUGUGGCUGCUUGGUGAAGACCAGCGCCACCACGUCGCUGCCGAUCCAGCCCACCCCAGAUCAGAGUCGCAGCAAGUCCAGCAGCAGCAAUGCACAGAAACCGAAGGACGAGCACCCACAGACUAACAGCUCGCCAGGUUUAGCGGAAAAGAACGAAUCGUCAUUUCACAAUGGGAAUUGCUGCAAAUGAAGUCUGUCAACUCUGCAGGCUAAGGAUUCUUUAACUGGCUUUUUUAAAGAGCCAAAUGGAAGGAAGCCUUUUGGUGGGGUUUCAUGCACUUAAAUCACAGGGAGAAACACUCGUCAACGGCAUAAUAUCGUGCCUUUUUUUUAGCCCAGGCAGUUUUGGAAUGGGUUUUAGUUCUGUGAGGGAUGGACCCAGGAAGGCACUUCACUGCCUCCCGAAAUCCUGUCAGUAUCAAGAAAAAUGGCACAUUUGACAUGGUACAAAAUUUAUACGCAUUAGGGAAUCAAUGCAGAAACCAUGGUGGGUUAUUUAAAACCAAUAAAUGAAACCCAGUCUGCACCUCCCAAUAAUCUGCAAGUCUAAAAAAGCUGGAGGUGCUGUGUAAGUUUUUUUAUUGCCAUCUGUUCCGUGCCUUUUGGGCCCAGCUGCUGCCUCCCUUCCUUCGUCCCUUCCUUCAAGCAGCCUACCUUCUUGACCUCUAUACAGAACACAAUGCCUGGGAUUUGUGGGAGAUUUCCUUCCCACCCAAACCCAUCUUUUGCUUUCUCCACCCAAGUGGGACGGUUUGGCAACAUUAUACAACUGACCUCCUCCCCAGGAGUUAACAGUAUUUAUAGAUAUUCUUUGAUAUCACAUUUGCUCAGCCAGUAGUGCUGGGGAAGGGGGGAGAAUCACAUGGGCAGAUGGCAGCCAAUGCUAGCCUAUUAUGUGUAUAUAGAAAUGUGUGUGUGUAUCAGUCGAUUCACAGGAAACGUUUCCAUUCACCAAGCACUGCACACCCUCUGCAGGAAUGUGUAUCCCCUAUAUGCUGACAUUUAAAGUUACGAGAGAGAUUGUUUACCUCCACAGUGCUGCAUUAUUUUCCAACUUUUGCGUCUUGUUGUUAUGUUAAUGGAUUCACACUACAAGUAUUAUUUGACGUGGCAUCCCAAGAAAUGAAUGCUUAGGACCGAUCGCUGUGCCACAAGGCAUAAACUACCAUAUUAUGAAGGCAAGGAACUCACGCUGACAUGAACAGACAGAUGGAUACCCCAGAACAAAUAUUUCGGGUUGAGCUGCAAGCCUAAUUAUCUCUUUAUUUAUGCCAGUUGUUUGGCAAAAGUUUACAUUAUCUGAUGUUGUCACCAUGAUUUCCUGUGUAAUAUACCAGAUCUUACAAGUGCUGUGGGCAGGUAUGUUCCAAUAGUGGUGUUUUGUUUUGGUUUUGGUUUUUUUAAACUUCACCAACAAAAUUUUGGAGGAGAGAAGUUGGAUGCUACACGAACCCAGUAUUCUGUCUUGCAAUUAUCAAUGCAAACAUCCUGCGAGAAUAGCUAAAUGUGAAGGCUGGGACUAGAAGGCAUUUUGGUUUUGUUCUAGGACUUUAAGAAAUAUAAUAUUGGCUCAUUCUCCUUGAAUUUCUUCUUUAUUUAAUGUAGUUUAGUGCCCAACUGAAAUAUGUGUCUUGGCAUUUUAUGCAUAGCAUGUAUAUAGAUGUAUAUUUAAUCAAUGCAUAUAUUAUUUUUUUGCUCUUUGAAAGAUAUUUUUUUAAAAAAUUGAAGGCCCAGCCUGUGUUAUGGAAAGCCCAAACACAGAAGAUUAGAAAGAUACAAUGGAAGUGGCAUGGUCUUCUCAAUGUUAUUUCAUACAAAACUACACGUUUCCAGAAAACUAUCCCAACAGAGCUUUACAAAAAUCACAAAUUGCAGUUUAAUGUUCCUUAACAACUAUCCCUAGCUCAAACUUGAGUCAAUUGCAUGGCUGGUGGAUGUUUUUUCUUCAUCUAGCUCUAGAAUUAAUAUUCUGUCAUCUGGACUCCCUGCCCACCAAUAUAUUUUUUCCCUGAUGGCUUAUGUUGGAAGAAAGCGAGCAGAGAAUAAAUGGGAUUCACCAUGCACUUAACAUGGACUAAUGGGUGAAAUUGGGGGAUGCAUGUACCACAGGAAAUAAAGUUAGCAUAAGUGGAAGAAACAGUCAAAAGUGGUCCAUGAGAACGUCAUACAUGGUCCCAGGUACUCUGAGAUUUUCAGCCAGCUUCUGCUUCCUUCACAGCAACGGGACUAAUUUUCAACUGAACCAUCCCCCUCAGCAUCUGAAAAAUUCAUAAAUCUCUUUUGACAUCACAUCAGUUCAGCCAGGGGCUGGGAACUGCUGAUAGGGGACAGUCACUUUAUAAAUGCCUACUAAAUGGGAUUUUAUUCUAGAUUUUAAAAUAUGCAUAGAGGCAUGAUUUUUAAAACAUCCUGCUAUCAUUAUUUGAGGGGAUUUUUUUAAACUUAAGAAUGACAAGCUGUGAAAAUUCUGUUUACAAGAGGCAUUUAAAAGGGGAAGGGCAUGCUAUUUCGACCAGAGGUAGCCAAUGGGGGUACCAUCCUAAAAUUUUGGGAUACAGCUCACAUCAGUCCCAGACAGCAUAACCAGUAGACAGAAAUCAUGGUUGUAGUACAAAGCGUGUGAAAGGCACCGCAUUGACAAAGCCAAGAAUUAAACAUGAAAUUAUGAUAGACAUAAAAGAAAGAGGAGGCUUUGCCCUGCCACAUUUGCAAAUGUAUUAUGAGGCAGCCUGCUUGUGCUGGUUAAAAGAAUGGAUUACACUGGAUAAUGUGGACCUCCUGGACUUAGAAGGCCAUGAUUUAAAAUUCAGCUGGCAUGCAUGUCUUUGGUAUGGGAAGGCAAAAAUCCAUAAAAGUUUUAUGAACCAUAUUCUAAGGAAGAAUUUGUGUAGAGUUUAGGAGAAAUAUAAAAAUCUGCUGGAAAGGAAAACACCUUUAUGGCUAUCUCCUAUUGAGGCUGUUACAAUCAAGAAAGUUAAUAUGGAUAGACAAUGGCCAGUUUUUACAGGGAACUGCUGCAUUUCACAGAGGGGGCACUUAAACUGAAAUCAAUGGAAAGUGUAAGAAGCCAUGUUACAGACUGGCUACAAUAUCAUCAGUUACAUGAAAUGUUUAAAAUAGAUAGGAAAAAUGGUUUUUCGGACCAAAGCUCACAAUUUGAAAAAGAACUUAUACAAAACAAAGAAAUUUUUUUAUCUAAAAUGUAUAAUUUGUUAUUAGAUUGGGAAACAAAAGACGAGCUUGUGAAAGGCACCACAUUGGCUAUUCCUGUUUUAAACAUUUCCUACAGCAGAUUCAUUGAAAACCUGUGUCUAAGGGCAAAAUCCUAAGCACAUUUAAGCAGAAAUAAUAGAUGGGAAUGACUUGCACAGAAUGCCACCAAAUCUUUUUGUCCCUCUGAUAAUGUAAUGCCCAUAGCAGAAACGCUCCUAGUUGGUAUGAAUAUUUGUUAUUUCAAGUGUAAAGUCUUGUAAACAUGUAUAUUACCUUUUUGAUCUCUGUGCAAAAUACAAAAGAGUAUGCUGAAACUGUGAAUGCCAAACAGUAUAAAGUAACAUAUCAAAUAAUAAAAACUGCUGAAAGCAGCGAAGAGACUUUGUCUUUGAGAUGAUCCUGGUUAAACAGCAAGGCUACGGACAAGGAUGCUUAACCUGUGAAUACAGAUCAAGUCACAGAUAUAUCCCCAGGUGCUCUGAAGAGUUCCCUAAAGUUUUUAUAUAUUAAAUGUAUUGUGUUGUAUUGUAUGGCAUAAUAAUAAAGUAAAAGAAGAGGUCCCUCGUUGAAGCAUGCGGAAUAACAGAA